CAAAAAUGAAAAUAUUUUUGCCACUAGUCACGUGGAUAGUGCUACUACUCUCGAGUGCAGUACAUUCACAAUAUUCACAACAACCGCAACGUAUCCAGACAAAUUUGAGAAAGAACAGUCGAUUUCGUGGCGAGGUAUUCUUCCUGAACCUCGAGGAUGGCUACUUCGGAUGCCAGGUCAACGAGUCGACAGACUAUUUGCAAUUAUACGAACUAUCGAAACUAUGCGACGGCAAUCAAGACUGCUAUCUUGGUUCCGAUGAGCAAAACAAAGAGCUCAAAUGCACAAAUGACUGUGAUAAGGACGGCACAGUGUGCACACAUGGCGCGUGUUUGAAUGGCGUCUGCCAUUGCAACGAUGGCUAUGGCGGCUGCAAUUGCGUUGACCUAGAUGAGAACGAAUGCAAACAGCAUCCAUGCGAUGUGUUUGCCCAUUGCACAAACACAUUGGGCAGCUAUACGUGUACCUGCUUUCCGGGCUAUCGUGGCAAUGGUGUUCACUGUGAAGACAUUGACGAAUGCCAAGAUCCCGCGAUAGCAGCGCGAUGCGUGGAGAAUGCCGAGUGCUGUAAUCUGCCGUCGCACUUCCUGUGCAAGUGCAACGAUGGGUACGAGGGCGACGGUGAAGUGCUCUGCACGGAUGUGGACGAGUGCCGCAAUCCGCAGGCCUGCCCCCCGAACGCCCAGUGCAUCAACACGCCUGGGAACUACACCUGUGCCUGUCCCGAGGGCUUUGUGGGCGCCGAUCCCUACAAGGACUGUCAGGACGUGGACGAGUGCACAUAUCCGAAUGUCUGCGGACCCGGUGCCAUAUGUACGAAUCUCGCGGGUAGUUAUCGCUGCGACUGCCCGCCGGGAUACGACGGCGAUGGACGCGCCGACCAAGGAUGCGUGGACCAGGACGAGUGUGCUCGAUCUCCCUGCGGCCGCAAUGCCAACUGUUUGAAUAACGACGGCAGCUUCCGCUGCCUCUGCCCCGACGGCUACAGCGGGGAUCCCAUGCACGGCUGCGAGGACAUCAACGAGUGUCAGGACAACCCGUGCGGCGAGAAUGCCAUCUGCACGGACACGAUCGGAAGCUUUGUGUGCACCUGCAAGCCGGACUACACCGGCGAUCCCUUCCGCGGCUGCGUGGACAUUGACGAGUGUGCCGCCCUGGACAAACCCUGCGGCCAGCACGCCCAGUGCGAGAACACGGUUCCCGGGUACAACUGCAAGUGUCCGCAGGGCUACGACGGCAAGCCCGAUCCAAAGGUGGCCUGCGAACAGGUGGAUGUGAACAUCCUCUGCCGCAGUAAUUUCGAUUGCACCAACAACGCCGAGUGCAUUGAGAACCAGUGCUUCUGCCUUGACGGAUUCGAGCCCAUUGGCGCCAGUUGUGUGGACAUCGAUGAGUGUCGCACCCAUGCAGAGGCUUGCGGCCAGCAUGCCCAGUGCCUGAACACGCCCGGCUCGUAUCGUUGCGACUGUGAGGCCGGGUAUGUAGGCAGUCCCCCGAGGAUGGCCUGCAAGCAGCCCUGCGAGGAUGUCCGCUGUGGGCCGCAUGCCUACUGCAAACCGGACCAGAACGAGGCCUACUGCGUCUGCGAGGAGGGAUGGACCUACAAUCCCAGUGAUGUAGCCGCCGGUUGUGUGGACAUUGACGAGUGCGAUCUGCUGCAUGGACCCUUUGGCAGCUGUGGCCAGAACGCCACAUGCUCCAACACCGCCGGUGGUUACUCGUGCGCCUGUCCUCCAGGCUUCUCUGGAGAUCCGCACAGCAAGUGCGUGGAUGUGGACGAGUGCCGGACUGGCAGUAAAUGCGGAUCGGGCGCCGAGUGCGUGAACAUGCCCGGCGGUGGAUACACCUGUCGCUGUCCCGAACACACCAUUGCCGAUCCCGAUCCUAGUGUGCGCUGCGUACCCAUCGUGAGCUGCACGACCAGCGAGAACUGUCCCGGAAAUGCCAUCUGUGACGAAACGAAGCGUUGUCUGUGCCCGGAGCCGAAUAUAGGCAACGAUUGCCGGCAUCCGUGCGAAACGCAGGACUGCGGAGCCCAUGCCCAGUGCAUGCUGGCCAAUGGUCAGGCGCAGUGCCUAUGUGCACCCGGCUACACUGGAAAUGCCGCUCUUCCCGGCGGCUGCAACGACAUCGACGAGUGCCGGGCCAAUCCUUGUGCGGAGAAGGCCAUUUGCACCAACACAGCGGGUGGAUAUCUUUGCCAGUGCCCGGGCGGAUCAUCGGGCGAUGCCUACCGCGAGGGAUGUGCCACAUCCAAGAGUGCAGGCUGUUCCGACGCGAAUCCCUGUGCGGCUGGCGAGAGCUGCGUGCAGGAUUCGUACACAGGAAACAGCGUGUGCAUCUGCCGCCAGGGCUACGAACGCAAUUCGGAGAAUGGCCAGUGCCAGGACCUAGACGAGUGCUCCGCGCUGCGCGGAAAGCCAGCCUGCGGACUGAAUGCCCUGUGCAAGAACCUGCCCGGAAGCUACGAGUGCCGCUGCCCGCAGGGCCACACCGGCAACCCCUUCAUCAUGUGUGAGAUCUGCAGCACCGCAGAGUGCCAGUGCCAGGCGCCGUACAAGCUUCUGGGCAACAGCUGCGUCCUCGCGGGCUGCUCCAGUGGCGGCCAGGCCUGCCCCAGCGGUGCGGAGUGCAUCUCCAUUGCCGGUGGCGUGAGUUACUGCGCCUGCCCCAAGGGUUACCAGACGCAGCCGGACGGCACCUGUGCGGAUGUCAACGAGUGCGAGGAGCGCGGCACCCAGCUCUGCGCCUUUGGAGCUCAGUGCGUGAAUCAGGCCGGAGGCUACACCUGCCACUGUCCCGAGGGCUACCUGGGGGAUGCCUACAACGGACUUUGUGCUCCGGCCCAAAGGAAGUGCGCCGCGGACAAGGAGUGUGCCAGCAAUGAGAAGUGCAUCCAGCCGGGAGAGUGUGUCUGCCCACCGCCGUACUUCCUCGAUCCUCAGGACAACAACAAGUGCAAGAGCCCCUGCGAGCGAUUCCCCUGUGGCAUCAAUGCCAAGUGCACGCCCUCGGAUCCCCCGCAAUGCAUGUGCGAGGCGGGCUUCAAGGGCGAUCCCCUGCUCGGCUGCACAGACGAGGAUGAGUGCGCGCAUUUGCCAUGCGCCUACGGUGCCUACUGCGUGAACAAGAAGGGAGGAUACCAGUGCGUGUGCCCCAAGGGAUUCACCGGAGACCCGUACAAGAGCGGCUGCAUCUUUGAGAACGGAACGCCCAAGAGCAAGUGCCUCAGCAACGAGGAUUGCGCGAGUAAUCUGGCCUGCCUCGACGGCAGUUGCCUGAGUCCCUGUGCCAGUCUCCUGUGCGGAUCGAACGCCUACUGCGAGACCGAACAGCAUGCGGGAUGGUGUCGCUGUCGCGUGGGUUUCGUCAAGAAUGCCGAUGGCGAGUGCGUCUCCCAGUGCCAGGACGUGAUCUGCGGCGAGGGAGCCCUGUGCAUACCCACCAGCGACGGACCCACCUGCAAGUGCCCGCAGGGACAGCUGGGGAAUCCCUUCCCCGGCGGCAGCUGCAGCACGGAUCAGUGUACGGCCUCGCGGCCUUGCGACGAGCGUCAGAUCUGCAUCAACGGACGCUGCAAGGAGCGCUGCGAUGGGGUCGUCUGCGGCAUUGGAGCCACCUGCGACAAGAACAACGGAAAGUGCGUCUGUGAACCGAACUUUGUCGGCAAUCCUGAUCUCCUCUGCAUGCCGCCCAUCGAGAUGGCCAAGUGCUCGCCAGGCUGCGGGGACAAUGCCCAUUGCGAGUACGGAUUGGGACAGAGCCGAUGUGCCUGCAAUCCGGGAACAUAUGGCAAUCCCUACGAGGGCUGUGGCGCUCAGAGCAAGAAUGUCUGCCAGCCGAAUAGCUGUGGUCCGAACGCGGAAUGUCGCGCUGUGGGAAACCACAUCACGUGCCUCUGUCCGCAGGGCUUCAGCGGCAAUCCCCAUGUGGGCUGCCAGGACGUGGACGAGUGCACCAACAAACCGUGCGGCCUAAAUGCCGCCUGCCUCAACACUGCCGGUGGCUUCGAGUGCCUCUGCCUGUCCGGACACGCCGGAAAUCCCUACAGCAGCUGCCAACCCAUCGAGAGCCGGUUCUGUCAGGAUGCAAACAAGUGCCAGUGCAACGAGCGCGUGGAGUGCCCCGAUGGCUACAGUUGCCAGAAGGGACAGUGCAAGAACCUCUGCUCCAAGGCGGCCUGUGGACCGCGUGCCAUCUGCGAUGCUGGGAAAUGCCUCUGCCCCAUGGGCUACAUCGGAGAUCCGCAUGAUCUCAGCGAGGGAUGCAGCGUGCGCGGCCAGUGUGGCAACGAUGCCGACUGCCGUCACACGGAGAUCUGCUUCCAGCUGGGCAGGGGUCUGCGCAAGUGCGUGGAUGCCUGCUCGAAGAUCCAGUGCGGUCCCAAUGCCCUCUGCGUGGCCGAAGAUCAUCGCUCGUCGUGCAUCUGCUCCGACGGUUUCUUCGGCAAUCCGAGCAAUCUGCAAGUGGGCUGCCAGCCGGAACGGACGAUACCCGAAAUGGAGGACAAAUGCAAAACGGACAAGGACUGCGAGCGCGGCUUCGGCUGCCAGACUUCAUCGGCCCAUGGCACUCGGGAUUGCAUUAAUCUAUGCUCGAAUGUGGUCUGCGGACCGAACGAGCUGUGCAAGAUCAAUCCCGCGGGACAUGCCAACUGCAAUUGUGCCGAGAGCUUCGUGUGGAACCCGGUGGUCUCCUCGUGCGAGAAACCCUCGCUGCCCGACUGCACCAGCGAUGCCAACUGUCCGGAUGCCUCCGCCUGUCGCCCGGACGUCCUGGGCGUGCUCAAGUGCGUGGCCAUCUGCGAUUCCUUCACCUGUCCGGCCAAUGCCAUUUGCGUGGCCCGGCAGCACCAGGGACGCUGCGACUGCCUCAACGGUUUUGUGGGAAAUCCCAACGAUCGGAAUGGCUGCCAGCCGGCGCAGAAGCAUCAGUGCCGCAGCCAUGCCGAGUGCCAGGAGUCGGAGGCCUGCAUCAAGGACGAGACCACCCAAACGCUGAGCUGUCGCCCAGCCUGCGAGUCGGUCAAGUGCGGCCCCCGUGCCGUCUGCAUCACGAACAACCAUCAGGCCCAGUGCCAGUGUCCGCCCGGACCAUUCGCCGGCGAUCCGUACGAUCCGUUCAAUGGCUGCCAGAGCGUGCCGUGUGUCUACAAUCACGACUGUCCCACCACCCAAAUGUGCAACCGAAUGACCCACACCUGCUUCGAUGUCUGCGAUGAGGAGUCGUGUGGCGAGAAUGCCAUCUGCUUGGCCGAGGAUCAUCGCGCCGUGUGCCAGUGCCCUCCCGGAUUCCGUGGCGACCCACUGCCCGAGGUGGCUUGCACCAAACAGAGCGGCUGUGCCGCAGGAACCUGUCAUGCAUCGGCCAUUUGUGAGGUCACACCCGAGGGACCCGUGUGCAAGUGUCCGCCUCACUUCGUGGGCGAACCCAAGAGCGCGGGCUGCCGUCCGGACGGCCAGUGCCCCAAUGGGGAUGCCGACUGUCCGGCCAACACCAUCUGCGCGGGCGGACGCUGUCAGAAUCCGUGCGAUAACGCCUGCGGAUCGAAUGCCGAGUGCAAGGUCGUGAACCGGAAGCCCGUCUGCAGUUGUCCGCUGCGUUUCCAACCCAUCUCCGAUUCGGCCAAGGACGGAUGCGCCCGCAGCGCCUCCAAGUGCCUGACCGACGUGGACUGCGGCGGAGAGCUGUGCUUCAACGGCCAGUGCCGCAUCGCGUGCCGGAACUCGCAGGACUGCUCCGACGGCGAGAGCUGUCUGAACAACGUCUGUGUGGUGGCCUGCCUGGACCACAGCCAGUGCGCCAGUGGCCUGGCCUGCGUGGAGGGUCACUGCACCAUCGGCUGCCGCAGCAACAAGGAGUGCAAGCAGGACCAGUCCUGCAUCGAGAACAAGUGUCUGAAUCCGUGCCAGUCCGGCAACAGUUGCGGCCCUAAUGCCCUCUGCAACAUUGCCCAGCACCGGAGUCAGUGCAGCUGUCCGGAGGGAUUCGAGGGCAAUCCCACGCCCGAACAGGGCUGCGUGCGAGUGCCCGCUCCCUGCCUGGCCAGCAAUCAGUGCCCCAACGGACACAUGUGUAUUGGCAACCAGUGCAAUCUCCCCUGCACCAAGACCUCCUCCUGCGCGAUUGGAGAGCGCUGCUAUCAGCAGGUGUGCCGCAAGGUCUGCUACACCAGCAACAACUGUCUGGCCGGGGAGAUCUGUAAUGCGGAUCGCACCUGCCAGCCAGGAUGCGACUCCGACGCGGACUGCCCGCCCACAGAGCUCUGCCUCACUGGAAAGUGCAAGUGCGCCAGCGGAUUUAUUGGCACGCCCUUUGGCUGCUCCGACAUCGACGAGUGUACGGAGCAGCCGUGCCAUGCCAGUGCCCGGUGCGAGAAUGUGCCCGGUUCUUAUCGCUGUGUGUGUCCCGAGGGUACCGUCGGCGAUGGAUACACCAAGCAGGGCUGUUCCCAAGGGCGGCAAUGCCACCAGCCGGACGAUUGUGCCAACAAUUUGGCCUGCAUACAGGGCAAGUGCACGGAUCCGUGCCUGCAGACCGUGUGCGGAGCCAAUGCCCAUUGCCAGUCGGAAGGACACGAGGCUCAGUGUAGCUGUCCUGCUGGAUAUCUAGGUGAUCCAAAUGAUACAGGAGUCGGCUGCUUCAAGGUCGAGUGCAUCGAUCAUGUGGACUGUGCCAGCGAUCGUGCCUGCGAUGCGGAGACGAAUCGCUGCAUCAAACCCUGCGACCUAACCGGCUGCGGCAAAGGAAACUGCGAGGUGUCCGACCACAAGGCGGUAUGCGCCUGCUACGAGGGAUACCAACUGGUCAGCGGAGGAGUGUGCGAAGAUAUCAACGAGUGUCUGUCGCAGCCCUGCCACAGCACGGCCUUCUGCAACAAUCUGCCUGGAAGCUACAACUGCCAGUGCCCCGAGGGACUCAUCGGAGAUCCCCUGCAGGCCGGAUGCCGGGAUCCCAGCGAAUGCCUCAGCGAUGUCGACUGUCCCGCAACCGCCAGUUGCCAGAAUUCCCGAUGCCGCAGUCCCUGCGAACGGCAGAAUGCGUGCGGCAUCAAUGCCAACUGUCAGGCUCAAAGCCACCAGGCCGUGUGCACCUGCUCCGUGAAUUCCCGCGGAGAUCCUCUCGUCGAGUGCGUACACAUCGAGUGCUCGGACAACGAUGACUGUGGCGGGGACAAGGCCUGCCUGGAUGCCAAAUGUAUUGAUCCUUGCUCUCUGCCCAAUGCCUGCGGAGCCCAGGCUCUCUGUUCGGUCCAGAAUCACAUCGGAGUCUGUGCCUGCGAGUCGGGCAGCACCGGAGAUGCCAAACAGGGAUGUGUGCCACUGCAGUACUGCCAGCAGGAUGCGCAGUGCGCACAGGGAAGCAUUUGCUCGCAUGGAAUUUGCAGCCCCCUCUGCAGCACCAACAGGGAUUGCAUCUCGGAGCAGUUGUGCCUUCAAGGCGUCUGCCAGGGCACCUGUAAAUCCAACACGACCUGUCCCCAGUUCCAGUUCUGCUCGAACAACAUCUGCACUAAGGAGCUGGAGUGCGGCGCCAAUACGGACUGUGGCGAGGACGAGACCUGCCAGAUGGAUGCCUACGGACGUGCCCGCUGUGAGCCCGUGUGCCUCGGUCGUGCCGCCUGUGGCCGCAAUGCCGAGUGUGUGGCUCGCUCCCACUCUCCGGACUGUAUUUGCAAGGAUGGGUUCUUUGGGGAUGCCAAGUCGGGCUGCCGCAAGAUCGAGUGCAGCAGCGACGAGGACUGUUCGAACGACAAGAGCUGCGACAAUAAUAUGUGCAAGAUCGCCUGCCUGAUAGGCCAGCCCUGCGGGGACAACGCUCUCUGCACCACGGAACACCAUCAGCAGGUGUGCCACUGCCAGCCCGGCUUCAGUGGCGAUCCCCGCGUACGCUGCGAUGUCAUUGACUUUUGUCGCGAUGCUCCGUGCGGACCCGGUGCCCGUUGCCGGAACUCGCGCGGCUCCUAUAAGUGUAGCUGUCCCCCCGGCCUCGUUGGUGACCCGUAUAAUGAGGGCUGUCGCAGCUCCGUGGAGUGCGAGACCAACGAGGACUGUCCCCCGCAUGCUGCAUGCACCAAAACUAACGGCGUGGCCAAGUGUCACGAUGUCUGCGCACAACUGCAAUGUGGCCCCAACGCGGAAUGUGUUCCGAAGGGCCACAUCGCUCACUGUGCAUGCCGCAUGGGCUACGACGGCCAACCCGCUGACCGGGUGGCCGGCUGUAAGCCAUUGCCCGUUCCCUGUCAGGUCACCGGCGACUGUCCCACAAACACCUACUGCUCGGAUAGCGUCUGCAAACCUGCCUGCGUGCUGGACACCGAGUGUGGGCCGUCGGAGGUGUGCCAGGGCGGCCAAUGCUUCAAUCCCUGUGUCCAGCCCCAGGCCUGCGGCCAGAACGCCGAGUGCGUGAUGUUGAACCACCUUAAACAGUGCCACUGCCCGGAGGGUUUCACCGGAGACUCGUCGAAGGAAUGUGUCCGGGUGCCAGUUGCCUGCGAUGGUGACUGCUCGCCUGGCUACACCUGCCGCGACUCCAUGUGCCUUCCUGUGUGCCACAACGAUCUGGAGUGUGCCUCCAACGAGAAAUGCUUGCGGGGCAAUUGCAUGCUGACCUGCCGCGUGGAUAACGAUUGCUUCUUGGGGCACGUCUGCCUGCACAACAAGUGCGUCUACGGCUGCCAUGUGGAUGAUGACUGCAGUGCCUCCGAGUCCUGCCGCAACGAUAAGUGUGUGAAUCCCUGUGUGGAGAGUCCCUGCGGCCCAAAUGCCGCCUGUUCGGUCUCCAAUCACCGGGCCACCUGCAGCUGUCUGGAGAGCAUGGUACCCAAUCCCACGCCCCAGGUGGGCUGCGUGCGUGCCCCCCCGCUCGAGUGCCGCGAGAAUCGCGACUGUGGCAACGGGCUGGCAUGCUUCGAGUCUGUGUGCCGCCCCUUGUGCGCCGACGACGCCGGCUGCCUGACCAACGAGCGUUGCCAGCAGGGCGUCUGCAAGCCACUCUGUCGCCACGACAACGAAUGCGCCCACGGCGAACUGUGUCUGGGACUUAACUGCGUGCCCGGCUGCCGGUCCGACCAGGGUUGUCCGCCCGAGCUUUCCUGCUCUGCCCAACAGUGCGUGGAUCCCUGUGCAGACCCCACGGCCUGUGGAACGAAUGCCCUCUGCCAGACGAUUGACCAUCGCAAACAGUGCACUUGCCCGGAGGGACUUAGCGGCAAGGCCAACGUGGCCUGCAAGGUUCCGCGAAUCGCCUGCGGACGCAACGAGGACUGCCAGAACAACCAGUUGUGCUACGCCGGAAGCUGUCAGGGCAAGUGUCGCAACGACCAGAACUGUCUCUCGGACGAGCGCUGCAUGCGUGGAACCUGCCGCACAGUCUGCAACACGGAUGAGGUCUGUGCCCAGGGCCAGAUCUGCGAGAAUCGUGUCUGUCAGACCGGUUGCCGCAACGACCUCAGCUGUGCGACCGACGAGGCCUGCGUGAACAAGAAGUGCCAGAAUCCCUGUCGCAGCCCCGGCCAGUGUGGCCAGUGUGCCGACUGUCUGGUGGUGAAUCAUGGCGUCCAGUGCCAGUGUCCGGCCUCUUUCAUUGGAGACGGCCUCACUGGCUGCCAACUGCCAGCGGAGCGCUGCCAUCCCGGCUGUGAAUGCGACGAGAACGGGGCCUACUGCGCCACAAAAUGCUCCCGAACGGAGGACUGCGCCUGCGGACAACAGUGCGCGCGCGGAAAGUGUCGCAAUAAGUGCGGACCCAAGCGACAAUGCACCGUGGGACAGUUGUGCGAGCGAGGCGCCUGCAUUGCCGGCUGCAAGUCCAACAGUGACUGUGCCGCCGACCAGAGCUGUGUGCGCGGCAAGUGUACUGACCCAUGUGCCGACGACAAGGCCUGCGGACGCAAUGCCCUGUGCACCGUGUCCGAGCAUCGUAUGCUCUGCUACUGCCCCGACGGCUAUGAGGGAGAACCCAGUAAGGAGUGCGUGCAGUUCGAGUGUCGUCAGGACUCUGACUGCGACAGCAGCAAGCGAUGCGAUGGCGGCAAGUGCCGCAAUCCCUGCCUGGAGUACGGUGCCUGCGGCACCAAUGCCCAAUGCCGUGUAGUUAACCGCCAGGCCCAAUGUUCCUGCCCACCCGACUUCUUUGGAAAUCCUGCCAGCGAGUGCCAGCCCCUGGACGGUGGCUGCUCCAACAGCCCGUGUGGCGUCAACUCCAAGUGUACCGAAGUGCCCGGCGGCUACGAGUGUGCCUGCAUGGAUGGCUGCAUCGGGGAUGCCAACAAGGGGUGCCUCUGCGAGGGACCUCUGGUGAAUGCCUGUCAUGAUCAUCCAUGUGGAUUGAAUGCGGCCUGCCAUGUGCUGGACAACGACCAAGCCGAGUGCUACUGCCCGGAGGACUUCCCCAACGGAGAUGCCUAUGUGCAAUGUUAUUUGACUCCACCGCAACAGGACUGCCGAACUCUCGGCUGCGAUGUGGGCGACUGUGUGCGCCAUGGCUAUGAAUAUGUGUGCCAGCAGGACACCGAACAAUGCUACUCAGAUACGGAUUGUCCCAGUGAAAAAUCCUGCCUCCAAGGACACUGCAGCGAUCCUUGUACAAUGCGUGGCGCGUGCGGCUCGAAUGCGCUGUGCAAAACUGUUCUGCAUCGUCCGCGCUGCUCCUGUCCAAGUUGCCACAUCGGCCGGCCCGAAGUAGAGUGCAAGCCCGAUCCCAAUUGUCUCACCGAUGACAUGGACGCCAAGACCAAGGAGCAGAUACCAUGCUCCAGUGACAACGAGUGCCCGGAGACAUUGCAGUGCGGCCAGUACGGCCAAUGCACAGAUCCAUGCAACAAUCCCCUCUUCAUUUGCGAGAGCAACAAGAAGUGCGAGACACGACGCCACCAGCCCGUUUGCAUCUGCAAGUCGGGCUUCAUAGUCAACGAAUACGGAGAACUGACGUGUGCACCGGAUAAGCGGGAAUGCUAUCGCGAUGAUGACUGCGCCUCGAAUAUGGCCUGCACGGAUGGCAAAUGCCGGAACCCCUGUAUUGUGCCGUUGGGCCGGGCACCGGUCUGUGCCGAGAACAAGUCCUGCGAGGUGCAAAACCACAAGCCCGUGUGCAUCUGCAUGCGGGACUGUCAGCCCUCGAUAUCCAUUUGCCUGCGGGACGCUGGCUGUCCGGCUGGCCUUGCUUGCCGUAAACUGCAGUGCGUCGAUCCUUGCAAGUUUGCAACAUGCGCCCCCAACUCGCCAUGCAUUGUCGAGGAUCACAAGCCGAUAUGUAAAUUCUGCCCACCUGGAUUUAUAGCCGAUGCCAAAUAUGGAUGUCAAAAAGAAAUCGGUUGCGCAUCGAGUGAUGAGUGUCCCACCCAGCAGGCGUGCAUCAAUGCGCUUUGCGUGGAUCCCUGUACCUACAGUAAUCCCUGCAGCCGUACCGAAGACUGUCGAGUUCUCAACCAUCAGCCUUUGUGCUCUGCAGAAAUGGGUCGCACUCCUGGGUGCGAGCACUGUCCGCCGGGUGCCAAUUGCGAUCCCACCACUGGUGCUUGUAUCAAGGCUAAUGUAACAAUAACAACUAGUACUACCAAGAAACCAAGAACAACCAAGAGACCAACACCAACACCAAGAACAACUGCAACUACAACCACAACCACAACAACUGCUAACCCAAACAAAAGUGUCAAAACACCGACCACCACCACUACCUCCACUAGCACUGAAUCGAGCACAGCAUCCACAAGCGCUACUAACCAAACAACCAGUAAGAAUAAGCCACCAGACACCGAAAGCACAACAUCCCACACGGAUGCCACAAGGCGGUACCGCGAUGGAGAGAACAAUAUAACCGAUACACCGACGGCAAGGCCAUCGGUGGCAACGACCAAGUUGCGUGGCGAAGACGUGGCCGGCGACAGUCAACGGCGAACCACAACGACGCCAAAGAUGAAGACCACGCGUUUGGAUACAUCCAAUGAAGUGCCCGAUGCGACAACAACCUGGCCGACCGAGCUGCCAACCACUGAUGGCACCACAACGGAGAUCUACAGCACAAUAAUUGUCCCACUGGGAGGCAACAACGCCACCACCACUACUGACAUCUCAUUAAUUAACCCAUGUACAGUAGAUACUAACUGUGCCCCUAACGAGCACUGUAAGCUGGGCAAUUGCCGUAAGAAAGAGCCACCGGGUACACCGAAAACACCAGAACCCUGCCAAUCGAACAACGAUUGCAUUGAGAGCGAGGCCUGUUACAUGGGUCUGUGCCAGGAUCCUUGCGAUUUUGCCAAGAUAUGUGCCGCGAGUGCCAAGUGUACGGCUAAGAGUCAUCGACCCAUAUGCACCUGUCCGCAGGGACAUGAGGGCAAUCCGAUGGUCAAGUGUGUGCCCACCGAAACCUCAAUUGAAUGUACAGACAAUUCCGACUGCGGAGUAACGGAGGCUUGCAUCAAUGAGAGAUGCCAGCAUCCAUGCGAUGUUCACGAUCCCUGUGCCACGAAUGCCAUUUGCAUCAACACCAACCAUGCGGCAGACUGCAGUUGUGCCGAUGGUUUCCAGGGCAAUGGACGUGUCGGCUGUCAGCCAGCACGCACCCAUGUCUGCCAAUACAACGAGGACUGUCCACCGACGAAACUCUGCGAUCGCCUCAACCGUCGCUGCAUCAAUCCCUGCCAAGAGGAUUCCUGUGGCGAGAAUGCCGAGUGCGUACCAAUCAACCAUGGAACUGAUUGUCGCUGUCUGCCCGGCUUCCUGGGCAAUGCCUAUGUGCAGUGUUCGCCGCUGCAGGGAUGUCGUGCCGACACCGAGUGCGAUUCUAGUCAGGCCUGCAUCAAUGGAAAGUGUGCAUCGCCCUGUCAGUGCGGCGCCUUUGCACUCUGCGAUGUGAUCAACCAUCGUGGGGUGUGCAAGUGUCCGCCUGGAUACAAUGGAAAUCCCCAGGUGGGCUGCAGUCCGCCGCAGAAUCCUUGCGAUCCCAAUCCCUGUGGCCUCAGUGCCCUGUGUGAACUGGACAACGGCAAUCCCAUUUGCUACUGUCCCAAGGGACUCACAGGAAAUCCAUUCAAGAACUGCAUCCCGGAAGGCGAUGAAUGCACACCGAAUCCUUGUGGACCCAACUCCGGAUGUCGUCGCGUGGAUGGGCAAUCCGUCUGCUUCUGCCUGCCCGAAUACGAGGGUCAGCCCCCUUUGAUAGCCUGCGAGCUGCCGUCGAACCCAUGCGGACCGUCGCCGUGCGGCCCCAACACACAGUGCACCGUCCUGAGCAACGGCUUCUCCAAGUGCACCUGCCUGCCGGGUUACGUGGAGAGCCCCAACACCAUUCGUGGCUGUGUGGAACCCAUCAAUCCAUGCGAUCCCAGCCCCUGUGGCACUGGUGCCAUCUGCGACUCGUCGCGCCAACCAGUGUGCUACUGUCCGGACAACAAGAUCGGAAAUCCCUUCAGGCUGUGCGAGAAGCCCGCGGUGUCAAUUGAGCUCUGCCAGCCAGGUCCUUGCGGCCGAAAUGCCGACUGCUAUGUGGCCGGUAAUCGUGAGGAAUGCUACUGUCGCUCAGGAUAUGUCGGCGAUGCCUACCAAGGAUGCCGCGAGCCAAGUCGCACCGUCUGUGACCCGAAUCCAUGCGGACCCAAUGCCAAUUGCGUUGUCGCCGGCGAUGGACAGACCGCCUGCGUUUGUCCCGAAGGUCUCUCCGGUGAUCCCACAUCGCUGGUGGGUUGCCACGGCUAUGAGUGCCAGGUUGAUGCCGAUUGUCCCCACAGCAAAGCCUGCAUGGGCUUCCGCUGUUACGAUCCCUGCCCCGGAGCUUGCGGCCAUGGAGCCAACUGCCGCGUUGAGGAGCAUCACCCCGUUUGCUCGUGCAAUGCUGGCUUGACUGGCAACCCAGGAGUCCGUUGCUAUGCCCUGGACCAUCCGAAGACCAAUCCGUGUGUGCCCAGUCCCUGUGGCGUCAAUAGCGAGUGCAAACUGCUCAACAAUCGCGCCGUCUGCUCCUGCAUUCCCGGCUACCUAGGCGAUCCAGAGUCGGGCUGCCAGCCGGAGUGCGACAUCAACUCGGACUGCGGCGAGAUCCUGUCGUGCAUUAACCACAAGUGCGUGGAUCCCUGUGCAGGAGCUAUUUGCGGUAUCAAUGCCAUUUGCAAUGUCCGCCAGCAUACGCCAGUGUGCCAUUGCUUGGACGGAUUCGCCGGCGAUGCCUUCCUUCAAUGCGUGCCGAUUGGAAUUUUGAAGAACGUGUCGCGCGACCCGUGUGCCCCGUCCCCCUGCGGACCGCACGACGUCUGCUCGGUCUAUGGCGAUGGUGUGGCACUGUGUGAUCCCUGUUUUGGACCCAAUGCCCAGCAGAAUCCACGUUGCCGACCCGAGUGUGUGGCCAACUCCGACUGUCCCUUCGAUCGUGCCUGUUUGGGUCAGCGCUGCCUCGAUCCUUGCCCCGGCUCCUGCGGACGCAGUGCCCAGUGUAAUGUGUACGAACACAAUCCGGUGUGUUCCUGCCCCGUAGGACUCUAUGGCAAUCCAUACGAGCAGUGCACCAUUCAAUCGGCAAUUGUACCAACUCCAGCGCCAAGCUGCGCAAAGCUGCAGUGCGGCGCCAAUGCUGAAUGCAAGCGGGCGCCCGGUGGCCUCGCCUGCGUCUGCCGCAAGGGAUACUUUGGUGAUCCACAUGUUGGCUGUCGUCCAGAGUGCGUGCUCAAUAGCGACUGUCCCGCGGACAAGGCCUGCAUGAACUCCAAGUGCGUGGAAGCCUGUGCUGGCGUGUGUGGUAUCAAUGCCGUCUGCCGUGUGGUGAACCAUGCCCCAGUGUGCAUCUGUUCUGAGGGUUACAGUGGAGAUGCCUCCAUUGCCUGUAAUCCUUACUAUCUGCCACCCGUUUCACCGCCCAUUGUGAGGCCACAUCCGUGCGAACCCUCGCCCUGCGGUCCCAAUUCCCGCUGUCUGGCCACCCCCGAGGGAUAUGCCGCCUGCUCCUGCCUGCCAAACUUCAAGGGAGCCCCGCCCGUCUGCCAGCCCGAGUGCGUCGUAAGCUCCGAGUGUGCUCCCAACCAGGCCUGUCUCAACCAGAGAUGCGCGGAUCCAUGUCCCGGUAUCUGCGGUGUCGGAGCCCGCUGCGAGGUGCUCAAUCACAAUCCCAUUUGCUCGUGCGAGCAAAAGUUCGAGGGAGAUCCGUUUGUUGCCUGCUCUCCCAUACCCGAGCCGGGUCGCGAGGUGGAUCUGCCCAAGAAUCCGUGCGUGCCCUCGCCCUGCGGACCCAACUCCAUUUGCCAGAUCAAACAGAACCGCCCGGUCUGCUCGUGUGUGGCCAACUACAUUGGCAGCCCGCCCUAUUGCCGGCCAGAGUGCACACUGAGCAGCGAGUGUCCUUCGGACAAGGCCUGCAUCCAUGAGAAGUGCCAGAAUCCCUGUGCCAAUGUCUGUGGACACAACGCCCGUUGUACGGUCAUCGCCCACUCCGCUCACUGCAGCUGCGACCAGGGUUACGAGGGAGAUGCCUUCAUCGGCUGCUCUCAGACAAAAGAAGAGAAAUCGGGUGAUGACUUUGGACCCUGCUAUCCCAAUCCUUGUGCCGAGAAUGCCGUGUGCACACCACACAACAAUGCCGCUCGCUGUAGCUGCAUUGAACCGUACUUUGGAGAUCCGUACAGCACUGGAUGCCGGCCCGAAUGUAUCUAUAACUCGGAAUGCCCCUCGUCGCUGGCCUGCAUCAAACAGCACUGUCGCAAUCCUUGCACAGCUGCCUGUGGAGCCAAUGCCGAGUGUGCCGUGGUCAACCACUUGCCAUCCUGUAGUUGCACCCGCGGUCACGAGGGAGAUCCGUUCGUGGGUUGCAAGCGUAUGCCUGUGGGACCUGUGAGCGUCUGUGAACCGAAUCCUUGUGGCCCCAACAGCAUCUGCCGAACGGUCGAGGGUCAUCCCACGUGCAGCUGCCAAGUGGGUUACUUUGGAGCCCCGCCACAGUGCCGGCCUGAGUGCGUCGUCAGCUCGGAAUGCUCGCAACAUCUGGCGUGCAUCAACCAGAAGUGUACUGAUCCGUGUGCCGAAACCUGCGGCUUCAAUGCCAAGUGUCAAGUUAAUAACCACAACCCGAUAUGCUCUUGUCCCAGAGACUACAUUGGCGAUCCCUUUGAACAAUGUGUACCUAAACCAUCUGAACCGCCAAAGAAUUUGGAUCCCUGUCUGCCCAGUCCAUGUGGACCCAAUGCCAAUUGUCGGAAUGUGAACAAUCGCGCCGAAUGCUCCUGUGCUCCGGGCAUGUUCGGAGCCCCACCGAGCUGCCGACCCGAGUGCGUUAUCAAUCAGGAUUGUCCAUCCAACCGGGCUUGCAUUCGCCAGAGAUGCGAGGAUCCUUGCAUUGGAAUCUGUGGCUUCAAUGCCCACUGCUCUACACAGCAUCAUCAGCCCAAGUGUGGGUGCAUUGAGGGUUUCGAAGGCGACCCGUACACCGGCUGCAACAUGCGGGAGAUCGUGGUUCCGGACCAACCAGCCGAUCCAUGUCACCCAUCCCCAUGUGGUGCCAAUGCCAUCUGUCGUGAACGCAAUGGUGCCGGGUCAUGCAGCUGCAUCCAGAACUAUUUCGGUGAUCCGUACAUAAACUGCCGCCCCGAGUGCGUGCAGAACAGUGAUUGUCCCGCGAGCAGGUCCUGCAUCAACAUGAAGUGCGGCGAUCCCUGCGCCAAUGCCUGUGGCUUCAAUGCCCUCUGCCGUGUGGCCCAUCACCAGGCGGUUUGUAGCUGUGAACCCGGAUUCACAGGCAAUCCGCAACGCGCCUGCGUCGAGCGUCCCUCAAAUAUGUACCUGCCCUUGCCCAAAGACCCUUGUAGACCAUCGCCUUGUGGCCUGUUUAGCACUUGCCACGUGGCUGGAGAUCACCCCGUUUGCGCUUGCCUUCCGGACUACCUUGGCGUUCCGCCCAACUGCAAGCCCGAGUGCCGCACAAGUGCAGAAUGUCCCUCGGAUAGGGCGUGUAUCAAUCAACGUUGCCGCGAUCCCUGUCCCGGCACUUGUGGUUACAAUGCGCGUUGUCGCUGUACGAAUCACUCCCCCAUUUGUAGCUGCAUCGACGGCUACACCGGUGAUCCGUUCCAUCAGUGUCUGCCCGAAAGAAAACCGGAGCCGAUACCAGACCCCAUCGUGCCAUUGAAUCGUGCCUGCGUACCAUCGCCCUGCGGUCCCAACUCCCAGUGCCAGGUGGCCAGCACUGGAGCCGUGUGCUCCUGCGUGGCCAACUACAUUGGACGUCCGCCGGCCUGCCGGCCGGAGUGUAGCAUCAAUUCAGAGUGCCCCGCCCGGAUGGCCUGUAUGAAUGCGCGUUGUGCCGACCCGUGCAUCGGUUCCUGCGGCAACAAUGCCCUCUGUCAUGUCAGUCAACAUGCUCCGGUGUGCAUGUGCGAGCCUGGCUUCAGUGGCGAUCCCUUCACCGGCUGCUACAAGAUCUUAGAAACGCCCAUUGAGGUCUCACAACCCUGUCGCCCCAGUCCUUGCGGCUUGAAUGCCUUGUGCGAGGAGCGAAAUCGCGCUGCUGCCUGUAAAUGUCUGCCCGAGUACUUUGGGGAUCCGUACACCGAGUGUCGCCCCGAGUGCGUCAUCAAUUCGGACUGCCCCAAGUCGCGGGCGUGCGUCAAUCAGAGAUGCGUCGAUCCCUGUCCCGGGAUGUGCGGCCACAGCGCCCUGUGCGCUGUCUUCAAUCAUGCACCCAACUGUGAAUGCCUGCCCGGCUACACGGGAAACCCCAUUGUCGGCUGUCACCUGGUACCCGAGACGCCACGCUAUCCCGACCCAAUAGUACCCGAAAAUCCAUGCCAACCCUCGCCCUGCGGCCUCUACAGCAACUGCCGCCCGGUCAACGGCCAUGCAGUAUGCUCCUGCGUACCCAACUACAUUGGAUCCCCACCCAACUGCAGGCCCGAGUGCAUGAGCAGCUCGGAGUGCGCGCAGGACAAGUCGUGUCUGAACGAGCGGUGCAAAGAUCCCUGCCCGGGCACCUGUGGCAACAAUGCGAUCUGCCGUGUCGUUAACCAUAAUCCCAUCUGCUCCUGCAGCCCCGGCUUCAGCGGUGAUCCAUUUGUGCGCUGCUUCCCACAAGAAAAACGCCCCAUCGUCCAUGAUCGCGUCGAGCCAUGCGUGCCCUCGCCGUGCGGGCCAAACUCUCAGUGUCGGGUGUCGGCUAAUGAUCAGCCCGUCUGCUCAUGCUUGCAACAUUAUGUGGGUAGGGCGCCAAAUUGCCGACCCGAGUGCACUUCGAACUCGGAGUGUGCCGGCAACAUGGCCUGCAUCAAUCUGCGGUGCCGGGAUCCCUGCGUGGGUACCUGCGGAAGUCAGACCACGUGUCUUGUAAAUAAUCAUAGACCGAUAUGCCGCUGCCUCGAGGGCUAUGCGGGCGAUCCAUUCUCCGAGUGUAGUCCACAAACUAUCGUUCCGCCCGAGGUUGCACAGCCCUGCAAUCCCAGUCCCUGCGGCGCCAACGCGGUGUGCAACGAGCGCAAUGGUGUUGGCUCCUGUUCCUGCCUGCCCGAAUACAGUGGCGAUCCGUACACCGAAUGCCGGCCGGAGUGUGUCCUGAACAGCGACUGUUCGAAGAACCGCGCCUGCCUCAACAACAAGUGCCGCGAUCCCUGCCCAGGUGUUUGCGGUAUCUCCGCCGAGUGUCAUGUGAUUAAUCACGCGCCCAGCUGCAGCUGCCCCUCCGGAUACACGGGCAACCCAUCGCAGUACUGCCGGGAAAUACCAAAAUUGGCCCCGCCUGUCCAGCCGUGUCGCCCGUCGCCAUGCGGCCCGUACAGCCAGUGCCGCGAGGUGAACGGACAUGCGGUCUGCUCAUGCACCACCAACUAUGUGGGCACUCCGCCCGCCUGUCGACCGGAGUGCUCUGUUAGUUCCGAGUGCUCUCAAGACAGGGCUUGCGUGAACUUGCGCUGUGUAGACCCCUGUCCCGGAACCUGCGGCCACGAGGCCAUUUGCAAGGUCACGAAUCACAAUCCCAUCUGCUCGUGCCCCAGUGGCUACAGCGGCGAUCCGUUUGUGCGAUGCGCUCCACGGCAACAAGAACCGGAGCAGCCAAAGUCCAAUGAGAAUCCCUGCGUGCCCAGUCCCUGCGGCCGCAACUCCCAAUGUCGCGUGGUGGGCGAGACUGGCGUCUGUUCCUGUCUGCCCAACUUCGUGGGCCGUGCGCCCAACUGUCGCCCAGAGUGUACCCUCAAUUCCGAGUGUCCUGCCAAUCUGGCGUGCAUCAAUGAGCGCUGCACAGACCCUUGUCCGGGGUCAUGCGGCUUCAAUGCCUACUGCAGUGUCGUUGGCCACUCGCCCAUCUGCUCGUGCGACAAUGGCUUCACUGGCGAUCCAUUCGCUGGCUGCAAUCCGCAACCUUUGCCAGAACCCGAUGAGCGCCUGACACCCUGCCAACCCUCGCCCUGUGGCCCCAAUGCCGAGUGCCGUGAACGCAGCGGCGCCGGCUCCUGUACGUGUCUGCCAGAGUACUUUGGCGAUCCGUACAGUGGCUGUCGUCCCGAGUGCGUGGUUAAUAGCGAUUGCUCACGCGACAAGUCCUGCGUCAACCAGAAAUGCGUGGACCCUUGUCCUGGCGUUUGUGGCCUGAACGCCGAGUGUCGUGUGUCCAAUCACUUGCCCAGCUGCUCGUGCCUGGCCGGCUACACUGGAAAUCCGUCGAGUGCAUGCCGUGAAAUACCCCAACUCCCACCCCCACCCCUGGCCGAUGUGAAUCCCUGUAGACCCUCGCCGUGCGGUCCGUACAGCCAGUGUCGGGAGAUCAAUAACCAUGCCGUGUGCUCUUGCCAGCCCGGACUCGUUGGCUCUGCCCCCAACUGUCGGCCCGAGUGUAUCAUAAGCUCCGAUUGUGCCCAAGAUCUCAACUGUCAGAAUCAGAAGUGUGUGGACCCGUGUCCGGGCACAUGCGGCAUUGAGGCACGUUGUCAGGUCAUAAACCACUAUCCUGCAUGCUCCUGUGCCCCAGGCUAUACCGGAGAUCCCUUCAAUCGGUGCACUAAAAUAUUGUUGGAGCCCACAAUACCCGAAAAGUCCGGUAAUCCCUGUGUACCCUCGCCGUGCGGACCCAACUCGAAAUGCAUCGAUGUGCGCGGUUCGCCUGCAUGCUCCUGUCUGCCGGACUACCUCGGCCGGCCGCCCAACUGUCGGCCCGAGUGCAUGAGUAGUGCGGACUGUCCGGCGAAUCUCGCGUGUGUCAACCAACGCUGCGCAGAUCCGUGUGUUGGAGCUUGUGGCCAGAACUCUCUGUGCCAGGUGAUCAAGCAUCGUCCAACAUGCGAAUGCGUUCCUGGUUACACCGGCGAUCCGUUCUCCGGCUGUGCUGUUGUACAGCAAAUUACGCCAACGGAGGCGCCACGCAAUCCCUGCAAUCCCAGUCCAUGCGGCGCCAAUGCCGUGUGUCGCGAGCGCAACGGCGCCGGCUCCUGCACCUGUCUGCCUGAAUACUUUGGCGAUCCGUACAGUGGCUGCCGCCCGGAAUGUGUCCAGAACGAUGACUGCGAUCGCUCCCGUGCCUGCAUCAACAGCAAGUGCCAGGAUCCUUGUCCCGGUGCCUGCGGAAUCAAUGCCGAGUGCCGUGUCCUGAAUCAUGGUCCCAACUGCAACUGCUUCGAGGGCUACACGGGUGAUCCGCAUCGCUCCUGCGCUCUGCUUGAAGUGGUGACCCGACGACCCGAGAACCCAUGCCAGCCCUCGCCCUGUGGACCCUACAGCCAGUGCCUGGACACGAACAGCCAUGCGGUCUGCUCCUGCCUAGAGGGCUACAUCGGAGCACCGCCCAGCUGCAAGCCGGAAUGUGUCGUCAGCUCCGAGUGCCCCCAGAAUCGGGCGUGCAUCAAUCAGAAGUGCGCCGAUCCCUGUCGCGGAUCCUGCGGCAACAAUGCCAAGUGCCAGGUGGUGAACCACAAUCCCAUCUGCAGCUGCGUGCCCGGCAUGACCGGCGAUCCCAUCAGCGGCUGUACACCCAGCGAAGAUGCCAAGGAAUAUCAAGAGCCGUGUGUGCCCUCACCCUGUGGCCCCAAUGCCAUUUGUCGCGAGAUUGGAAACCAAGCGGCUUGCUCCUGCAAUGCCAACUUCAUUGGACGUCCGCCCAACUGCCGGCCAGAGUGCACCAACAACGACGAGUGCCAGAAUCAUCUAUCCUGCCAGCAGGAGCGCUGCGUCGAUCCCUGUCCUGGCUCAUGCGGCAGUAACGCCGUCUGUCAGGUAGUGCAACACAAUGCCGUCUGCUCCUGUGCCGAUGGCUACGAGGGUGAGCCGCUCUUCGGGUGCCAGCUGAUUCCCCUGCUGUUGCCCACCGAGGCGCCCACAUCGCCAUGCGAACCUUCGCCGUGCGGCCCCCAUGCCGAGUGUCGCGAACGCAACGGAGCCGGCGCCUGCUACUGCCAUGAGGGCUUCGAGGGCAAUCCCUACGAUGCACAGCGCGGCUGCCGACGCGAGUGCGAGAUCAACGAUGAGUGCACGGCCGCCCAGGCGUGUGUCCGCUUCAAGUGUAUCGAUCCCUGCGACAAUAUGUGCGGGGAGUACGCUCUCUGUACAGUGGAUAACCAUGUGCCCACCUGCACCUGUCCGGCCGGCUACAGCGGAGAUCCGUUCUUCAGCUGCAAGCCCGUGCCGGUUACCCCGCGUCCACCGCUGAACCCGUGCAAUCCCUCGCCCUGCGGCCCCAACAGCAACUGUCGCAGCAUCAACAACCAGGCCGUAUGCUCCUGCCAGUCGGGCUUCGUCAAUCAGCCGCCCAACUGCCGACCCGAGUGUAUAGUCAGUGCGGAGUGUGCCCCGGAACGUGCCUGUGUGAACAAGAAGUGUGUGGACCCAUGUCUGCACACCUGCGGCAUUCGUGCCAUCUGCAGUACCAAGAACCACAGCCCCAUCUGCACAUGCCCCCGCGGCAUGAGCGGUGAUCCCUUCGUUCAGUGCUCUAGGAUACCUAUAACACACGAUGUGACUACCGCAGAACCUCCAGCUGCAUCUUGUGUGCCUUCACCUUGCGGUCCCAAUGCCAAAUGCCAGAUUGUGGGCAAUAGUCCGGCCUGCUCCUGCUUGCCGAACUUUAUUGGCGCCCCACCACGUUGUCGGCCGGAAUGUGUCCUGAACUCCGAAUGCGGACCCACGGAGGCGUGCAUCAAUCAAAAGUGCGGCGAUCCGUGCUCUGGUUCCUGUGGCUUCGAGGCCAAGUGUCAUGUUCUGAACCAUCUGCCCAUUUGCAACUGCAUCGAGGGCUACGAAGGCGAUCCGUUUGUGCGCUGUACCGAGAAACCAGAAGGCAAGACCCCGCCGCCGGUCGCCAACGAUCCGUGCAAUCCGAGUCCAUGCGGCCCGAAUGCCGACUGCUUUGCCGGUGAGUGCCGCUGCCAGAAUAACUAUCAAGGAAACGCCUACGAAGGCUGCCGACCCGAGUGUACCCUCUCGGCGGACUGUCCGCGGGACAAGGCCUGCAUGCGGAACAAGUGUGUGGAUCCCUGCCCCGGAAUCUGUGGCAACAAUGCCGUUUGCGAGGUGAUGAACCACAUACCCGUAUGCUCCUGUCUGCAGGGCUACGAGGGCGAUCCGUUUACCAAUUGUCGCGUGAAGCUCAUCGAAGAUACACCUAAAGUCCAGGCCUGUGCUCCGUCCCCAUGCGGCUCGAACAGCCAGUGCCGCGAUGUCAACGGACAUGCCGUCUGCUCGUGCCUGGAAGGAUACAUUGGGGCGCCGCCUCAAUGCCGUCCCGAAUGCGUGGUAUCUAGCGAAUGCUCUGCGCUACAGGCUUGUGUCAACAAGAAGUGCGUGGAUCCCUGCGCCGCUGCUUGUGGCCUGGAGGCACGCUGCGAGGUCAUCAAUCACAGCCCCAUCUGUGGCUGCCCUCCUGGCCGAACUGGAGAUCCCUUCAAGCAGUGCACAGAGAUAGCCGUGGCCCCGCCUCCAGAUGUUAAGGAAGCCCCCAGAGAUCCAUGUGUGCCCUCGCCGUGCGGACCCAACUCCAUAUGCAAGCCCGAUGAGCGAGGACCCGUGUGCCAGUGCCAGCCAGAGUUCUUUGGUUCGCCACCCAACUGCCGGCCCGAGUGCAUUAUCAAUCCCGACUGUGCCUCGACGCAGGCCUGCAUCAACAACAAGUGUCGCGAUCCCUGCCCCGGCUCGUGCGGCACAAACGCCGAAUGCCGCGUCAUCGGUCACACGGUCUCGUGCUCCUGCCCAGCGGGAUAUGCUGGCAACGCGUUUGUGCAGUGUGUGCCGCAACAGGAGGAACCGGUCAAGCCGUGCCAACCUUCGCCUUGUGGCGCCAAUGCCGAGUGUAUUGAACGGAACGGAGCUGCUGCCUGCAAGUGCAUCGACGAGUACCAAGGCAAUCCCUACGAGGGUUGCCGACCCGAGUGCGUGCUCAGCUCGGACUGUACCACGGACAAGGCAUGCAUACGGAACAAGUGUCAGGAUCCCUGCCCGGGAAUUUGCGGCCUGAAUGCCCAGUGCUAUGCCGUGAAUCAUGUGCCCAAUUGUGUCUGCCUCGAUGGUCACACGGGCGAUCCGUUUACCAACUGUCGCCGCGUGGAGCCCACAACGCCACCGCCAGUCGCCGAUCCCUGCAUCCCCUCGCCCUGCGGCGCCAACAGCAAGUGUCGCAUUGCCAACGGACUGGCCGUCUGCUCCUGCCUGGAGAGCUUCAUUGGAGCUCCGCCGAACUGUAAGCCGGAAUGCACGGUGAACGCCGAGUGUCAGCCGAACAAGGCCUGCCACAAGUUCCGCUGUGCCAAUCCCUGUGCAAAGACGUGCGGCAUCAAUGCCAAGUGCGAGGUGAUCAAUCACAAUCCCAUAUGCAGCUGCCCCUCGGAUUUGACAGGCGAUCCGUUCGCCCGUUGUUAUCCAGCGCCUGCCGUUGCCGGACCUAAGGAUGCUCCGGAGUCCAAGACGCCCUGCCAGCCCUCGCCAUGCGGCCUCUACUCGGAGUGUCGCGUGCGCGACGAGCAGGCCUCCUGCUCCUGCCUGCCCAACUACAUUGGGGCACCGCCCAACUGCCGACCCGAGUGCAUUGUGAAUACGGACUGCUCGCCGAACCGCGCCUGCAUUGCCGAGAAGUGUCGCGAUCCCUGCGACGGCUCCUGCGGCAUCAACUCCGAGUGUCGCAUCCAGAACCACCUGGCCAUAUGCACCUGCCGCGGUGGAUUCACCGGCGAUCCGUUCGUUCAAUGCGUGGAGAUCAUUGAGACGAUCACGAAGCCUCCACUGAACGAACCACAGGAUCCCUGCGACCUGCAACCGUGUGGAGCCAAUGCGGAAUGCCACGAGGGCACCUGCACCUGCUUGAGAGAUUACCAGGGCGAUCCCUAUACGGGAUGUCGUCCGGAGUGUACGCUGAGCACCGACUGCGCCCCCGUCAAGGCGUGCUUGAACAAGAAGUGCGUGGAUCCCUGUCCCGGAGUGUGUGGCCAGAACUCGCAGUGCGAUGUCUCCAAUCACAUACCGAUCUGCAGCUGCCUGCAGGGCUACACGGGUGAUCCGUUCGUGCACUGCCGCCUGGAGACGCCCGUGGCCAAGGACCCAUGCCAGCCGAAUCCCUGCGGUCCCAACAGCCUGUGUCAUGUGUCGGCCCAAGGACCGGUGUGUGCCUGCCAGCAAGGCAUGCUGGGCUCACCGCCCGCCUGCAAGCCAGAGUGCAUAGUCAGCUCCGAAUGCUCCCUGCAAACUGCCUGCGUACAGAGGAAGUGUGUCGAUCCUUGCCCCGGCGCCUGCGGCCAGUUCGCACGCUGCCAAGUGAUCAACCACAAUCCAUCGUGCUCCUGCAAUUCAGGAUACACGGGAGAUCCGUUCACGCGCUGCUUCCAGGAAGAGCGCAAGCCGCCAACACCCACGGAACCAUGUCAACCAUCACCCUGCGGACCAAAUUCGGAGUGUAAGGUGCUCAAUGGAAAUGCCGCCUGCUCGUGCGCCGCCACCUUCAUUGGAACGCCACCCAGCUGCCGGCCCGAGUGCUCCAUCAAUCCCGAAUGUCCACCGACCAAGGCUUGCAUACGCCAGAAGUGCUCCGAUCCCUGCGUGAAUGCCUGCGGCUUCAAUGCCCGCUGCAAUGUGGCGAAUCAUCAACCCAUCUGCACAUGCGAUGUGGGCUACACAGGAGAUCCGUUCACCGGCUGUCAAAAGGAACAAGAGCGCAUUGUCAAUGAACAGGUGACGCCCUGCGAACCCAAUCCCUGCGGCUCGAAUGCUGUAUGUCGCGAACGCAAUGGGAUCGGCUCCUGCCAGUGCCUGCCCGAUUACUUUGGCGAUCCCUACCAGUCCUGUCGCCCCGAAUGCAUCCGAAACUCGGACUGUCCCACGAACAAGGCCUGCCAGCAGCAAAAAUGUCGCGAUCCCUGCCCCGGCACCUGCGGCACCAAUGCGGACUGCAGCGUUACGAAUCAUCUGCCCACCUGUACAUGCCGCAUCGGAUACAUUGGUGAUCCCUACCGCUACUGCCAUGUGGAGCCAGCCCAACCUAUCCGUCUGGCCGAACCCGCACAACCCUGCCACCCCUCGCCGUGUGGCCCCAACUCUCAGUGUCGCGAACUCAACGGCCAGGCCGUCUGCUCCUGCAUCGAGCUGUACAUCGGUCUGCCCCCCAACUGCCGUCCCGAAUGCGUGCUCAGCAGCGAGUGUCCCACGGACAAGGCGUGCAUAAGUCAGCGAUGCCAGGAUCCCUGCCCGGGUACAUGCGGCAUCAAUGCCGAGUGCCGGGUUCGGAAUCAUGGUCCACUCUGUCAGUGCCGUCAAGGCUUCACCGGCGACUCCUUUACCCGUUGUUAUGCCCUGCCACCCCCGCCGCCUGUUGUUCAGCGUGUUGAUCGUGAUCCCUGCAUGCCAUCGCCCUGCGGCUUGAACAGCCAGUGUCGCAAUGUGCAGGGCGUGCCCUCCUGCUCCUGUCUGCCCGAGUUCCUUGGAGCACCACCCAACUGUCGUCCCGAAUGCACCAUCAGUGCCGAGUGUUCCUCGAAUCUGGCCUGCAUCCGUGAAAAAUGUAUCGAUCCAUGUCCAGGGUCCUGUGGCUACGAUGCAGAAUGCAAUGUGGUGAAUCACACGCCCAUUUGCGUCUGUCCCGUAGGCUAUACUGGGGAUCCGUUCAGCAGUUGUCGUCUGUCGCCACCCGAACCCGUUCAAAGUGAAUAUGUGGAUCCGUGCAACCCAUCGCCGUGUGGUCCGAACGCGCAGUGCUCCAACGGUGUCUGCAGCUGUUUUUCCGAGUUCCAUGGCGAUCCCUAUGCCGGCUGUCGUCCGGAAUGUGUCCUCAACUCCGACUGUCCCAGGGACAAGGCCUGUCUGCGCAGCAAGUGCCAGAAUCCAUGUCCAGGAACGUGCGGCGAGAAUGCCAUUUGCGAUGUCAUAAAUCACAUUCCGAUGUGCCGUUGUCCGGACGGCACCGCUGGCAGUGCCUUUAUACGCUGCUCUCCCGUCCAGCAAACUAUUGUGGAAACGAAUCCCUGCCGUCCAUCUCCCUGCGGACCGAAUUCCCAGUGCCGCGAGGUCAACCAGCAGGCGGUUUGCUCCUGCCUGUCCAGCUAUAUCGGUGCCCCACCGUCCUGUCGCCCCGAGUGUACCUCGAACGCCGAGUGCGCGCCCUCGCAGGCGUGUCUGAACCAGCGUUGCGGAGAUCCUUGCCCUGGCACCUGUGGCGUAGGUGCCAACUGUGCCGUGGUCAGCCAUAGUCCCUUCUGCACCUGUCCCGAACGCUUCACCGGGAAUCCCUUCAUCCGUUGUCAGCCACAAAUUGAACCCGUGCGUGAUCUCGUCCCAGUCGAACCCUGUCGUCCAUCGCCAUGUGGCCCCUAUUCCCAAUGCCGCCCUGUUGGCCAAGAAGCCCCCGCCUGCUCCUGCCUGGAGACUUACAUUGGACGGCCUCCGAACUGCCGUCCAGAGUGUGUAACGAGCUCGGACUGCACCAGCCAGAUGACAUGUGUCAACCAGAAGUGCGUCGAUCCGUGUCCCGGACGCUGUGGUCUCAAUGCCGAGUGUCGUGUAGUGAGCCAUGCGGUGCAGUGCAUCUGCCAGCAAGGCUUCACCGGCGAUCCCUUCGUGCAGUGCAGCCCCGAAACCAUCCGCGACAUCGAGGUUCGCACUCCGUGCAGCCCCAGUCCCUGUGGACCGAAUGCCGUUUGCCGUGAUCGCAAUGGCGUCGGUUCCUGCCAGUGCCUGCCCGAAUAUUUCGGAGAUCCCUAUGCCGGCUGUCGGCCGGAAUGUAUGCUGGACUCGGACUGUCCCUCGAACAGGGCGUGCCAGCAGCUGAAAUGCCAGGAUCCCUGUCCCGGAACAUGCGGCCUGAAUGCCCAGUGCCAGGUAGUAAACCAUCUCCCAACCUGCAAUUGCCUCACUGGAUAUGAGGGGGAUCCGUACCGCCAGUGCACCAGAAUGCAAGAGCCACCACAAAAAGAGUACGUGAAUCCUUGCCAGCCCUCGCCCUGCGGCCCCAAUUCCCAGUGUCGUGUGGCCAACGAGCAGGCCGUUUGCUCUUGCCUGCCCCUCUUUGUGGGAACUCCUCCCGCCUGUCGACCCGAAUGCACCAUCUCCUCCGAGUGUCCCAGCCAUCAGGCAUGUGUUAACCAGAAGUGCGUGGACCCAUGCACCGGCGACAGCUGCGGCAGCAAUGCCGUGUGUCGAGUGCGUAACCACAGUCCCAUCUGCAGUUGCCUCAGUGGCUUCACUGGCGAUGCCUUUACGCGUUGCUUCCCCAUUCCACCACCACCGCCCGAACGGAUCCAAGAACCCCUGAGAGAUCCCUGUCUGCCUACGCCCUGUGGACCCAAUUCGGAGUGCCGCAACAUCAAUGGGGUGCCCGCGUGCUCCUGUUUGUCCAGCUUCAUGGGGCAGGCGCCCAACUGUCGACCCGAAUGCACCAUCAACGCCGAGUGUCCUGCCAAUAGGGCGUGCAUCAAUCAAAGGUGUCGCGAUCCCUGUCCAGGGGCCUGCGGCCUGGAUGCAGUCUGCAGUGUCAUCAAUCAUACGCCACUCUGCGCCUGCAUCGAUGGGUAUAUCGGAAAUCCCUUCACCAAAUGUAGCCCCAAGCCACCAGAACCCACAUCCCCGCCACCGGUCGCCGACGAUCCAUGCAAUCCCUCGCCCUGCGGCUCGAAUGCCGUGUGCCGCAAUGGCCAGUGCUCGUGUAUACCCGAAUACCAGGGCGACCCCUACGUCUCCUGUCGUCCCGAGUGCGUGCUGAACACGGACUGUCCCAGAGAUCGAGCCUGCGUGCGCAACAAAUGCAUAGAUCCCUGUGCAGGCACCUGUGGCGUGAAUGCCCUUUGCGAAGUAACCAAUCACAUACCCAUCUGUCGCUGUCCCGACCGGACGUCCGGCAACGCAUUCUUCGAGUGUCGUCCCGUGCCGGCGAAGCCCAUCAUCCAGCAGAAUCCCUGCCAGCCAACGCCAUGCGGACCCAACAGUCAGUGCCGCGUUGUGCAGAACACGGCAGUCUGCUCCUGCCUGAAGGACUACGUGGGCAGUCCGCCCCAGUGCCGACCGGAGUGUGUCACCAACUCGGACUGUCCGGCAGAUCAGUCGUGUCAAAACAUGAAGUGCCGUGAUCCCUGUCCGGGAACAUGCGGCUUCAACGCCCUCUGCAACGUGGUCAAUCACAGUCCCUUUUGCAGCUGCCCCACGGGCAUGUCCGGCAAUCCAUUCGUCAGCUGCCAGCAGCUGCCCCAACGCGAUGAUCGACCCCAGAACCCCUGUCAGCCCUCGCCCUGCGGCCCCAACUCCGAGUGUCGCGUCUCAGGAGACUCCCCAUCAUGUUCCUGCCUGCCAGAGUUCGUUGGAGCUCCUCCCAACUGCAAGCCCGAAUGCAUCUCCAGCUCAGAAUGCCCCACCAACAGGGCCUGCAUCAACCAGAAAUGCGUAGAUCCCUGCCCUGGACUAUGCGGACAGAAUGCCAACUGUCGGGUGUUCAGUCACACGGCCAUGUGUCUGUGCGAGAGCGGCUUCACCGGUGAUCCAUUCACUCAGUGUAGUCCGGUCAGGGAUGCCCCCGUGGAGGUACUGCAGCCCUGCAAUCCCAGUCCCUGUGGCGUCAAUGCCAAGUGCGAGGAGCGCGGUGGGGCUGGAUCCUGCACCUGUCUGCCGGAGUACUUUGGCAAUCCCUACGAUGGCUGCCGCCCCGAAUGUGUCCUGAACUCCGACUGUCCUUCGAACAGAGCCUGCGUGAAUCAGAAGUGCCGCGAUCCCUGUCCGGGAGUGUGCGGUCAGAGCGCCGAGUGCCAGGUGGUUAAUCACCUGGCCACAUGCAAUUGUCUGAUUGGCUACACCGGAGACCCCUACACCCUGUGUCGCAUCGUAGAGAACGAACCACCCGUAGCCAUCUAUGUGAAUCCCUGCCAGCCGUCACCCUGCGGUCCCAACUCGCGUUGCCGCGAGAUCAACGAUCAGGCUGUGUGCUCCUGCCUCCCCGAGUUCAUUGGCAGUCCCCCGGCUUGUCGGCCGGAAUGCACCAGCAGCUCGGAAUGUGCCGCCGACAAGGCGUGUGUGAAUCGCAAAUGCGUGGAUCCCUGUCCGAAUGUUUGCGGUCAGCAGGCCGAGUGUCGCGUUCGCAAUCACAAUCCCAUCUGUAGCUGUCUGAGCGGAUACACCGGAGAUCCAUUCACCCGCUGCUACCGUCAGCCCCCUCCUCCUGAGGCACCUAUUGAAAGAGAACCCCUUGAUCCUUGUGUACCCUCGCCGUGUGGGGCCAAUUCCCAGUGUCGCGAUGUCUAUGGCACACCCUCGUGCUCUUGCCUGCCCCAGUUCUUAGGACCGCCGCCCAACUGUCGACCCGAAUGUUCCAUCAAUGCGGAGUGUCCCAGCCAUCAGGCGUGCAUCAAUCAGAAGUGUCGCGAUCCCUGUCCCGGCUCCUGUGGCCUCAACACCCAGUGCAAUGUGAUCAAUCACACGCCCAUCUGCAGCUGUCUUCUGGGGUAUAUCGGGGAUCCAUUCAGCGUUUGUAAUCCCGAACCGCCGCAGAAAAUUCAAGAUCCACUGCCACCUCAAGAUCCCUGUUAUCCCUCACCCUGUGGCUCCAAUAGCCGCUGCAAUAAUGGCGUAUGCUCGUGUCUGCCGGAGUACCAUGGCGACCCCUACACCGGUUGUCGUCCCGAGUGCGUCCUCCACACAGAAUGCGAUCGUAGUCGCGCCUGUGUGCGGCACAAGUGUGUGGAUCCCUGCCCCGGAAUAUGUGGAACGAAUGCGAUAUGCGAGGUCCUGAAUCACAUUCCCAACUGUGGCUGUCCCGCGGAAAUGCAGGGAAAUGCCUUCAUCCAAUGUAGCCCUGUGCCACAACUCGAUGACGUGCAGAAUCCCUGCCAGCCCUCGCCCUGCGGACCGAAUGCCCAGUGUCGCGUGGCCAACCAGCAGGCCAUUUGCUCCUGCAUCGCGCCCUUCAUUGGCAGUCCACCCUUUUGUCGUCCGGAGUGCACCAGCAACGCGGAAUGUCCCCUGAACCUGGCAUGUUUGAACCAGAAAUGCAGCGAUCCUUGUCCGGGCGUCUGCGGCCGCAGUGCCCAGUGCCAUGUGACGAACCACAGUCCUUUCUGUCGCUGCUUGGACCGCCACACGGGCAAUCCCUUCGUCAGUUGCCAGCCGAUCAUUGAGCCGCCAGUGCCGCCGCCGCGUCAGCCAUGCCUCCCCUCACCCUGCGGCGCGUAUGCCCAGUGCCGGGAGAUCAAUGAGACGCCGUCGUGCACCUGUCUGCCCGAGUACAUUGGCGCUCCGCCGAACUGUCGGCCCGAAUGCGUUACCAGCUCCGAGUGUCCCACUCAUCAGGCUUGCAUCCAGCAGAAGUGUCGCGAUCCCUGUCCUGGUCUGUGCGGCCUCUUGGCGGAGUGUCGUGUGCUCUCGCACACUCCCAGUUGCGUCUGCCCCGAGGGAAUGGAGGGUGAUCCCUUCACCCAGUGUACGGAGAAGAGAAUCCAGCAGUUGGAUCGAUUGGACCCAUGCAACCCCAGUCCCUGUGGCGUCAAUGCCAGGUGCACUUCGCGCCAGGAUGCUGGCUCUUGUCAGUGUUUGCCGGAAUACUUUGGGAAUCCCUACGAGGGCUGCCGUCCGGAAUGUGUCCUCAACUCUGAUUGUCCAUCCAACAGAGCGUGUCAGCAGCAGAAGUGCGAGGAUCCUUGCCCGGGAACCUGCGGCCAGAAUGCCAUCUGCAAUGUCCUCAACCACGUGCCCAGCUGUAGCUGCCUCACGGGUUAUUCGGGCGAUCCCUACCGUCAGUGCCUGCUUGAACGCCAACCCAUCAAGGAGUAUCUGAAUCCCUGCCAGCCUUCGCCCUGUGGCCCCAAUUCCCAGUGUCGUGAGUCCAACGAGCAGGCCGUUUGCUCCUGUCUUCCCGAAUAUGUGGGUGCGCCUCCUGUCUGUCGUCCCGAGUGUACCAUAUCCUCAGAGUGCUCGCCGGAUAAGGCCUGCGUGGGCCAGAAGUGCAUCGAUCCCUGUCCGAAUACCUGCGGAGAGCAGGCCACCUGUCGUGUUGUGAACCACAGUCCCAUUUGUACGUGUCGCGCCGGUUACACGGGCGAUGCCUUCUACCGCUGUGUACCCAAACCCCCUGUGCCAGUGGCUCCUCCAGUGCAAAAGACACCAGUCGAUCCCUGUGUGCCCUCCCCUUGUGGCCCGUAUGCCGAGUGCCGUUCGAAUGGCGACGCUCCUGCCUGUUCCUGUUCGAUUGGGUACUUGGGGGCUCCGCCCAACUGCCGUCCCGAGUGCCGCAUCAAUGCGGAGUGUCUCAGUAGAGAGGCCUGCAUCAAUGAGAAGUGUCGCAAUCCCUGUCCCGGCUCCUGUGGCCUUGGUGCCACUUGCAACGUGAUCAAUCAUACGCCCAGCUGCACCUGUCCGCCGGGAUACACGGGCGAUCCGUUUACCCACUGCCAGCCCCAACCUCCACCGCCACCACCUGUGGAGCUAGAUGAUCCCUGCAAUCCCUCGCCCUGUGGAGCAAAUGCUCUGUGCAACGCAGGCGUCUGCACGUGCAUCCCUGAGUACCAUGGGGAUCCGUACAUCGGCUGUCGUCCCGAGUGCAUCACCAGUUUGGAUUGCUCGCGAGAUCGGGCCUGUGCACGUCACAAGUGCUUCGAUCCCUGCCCGGGCACCUGUGCCCCCAAUGCCAUUUGUACGGUCCUCAAUCACGUGCCCAUGUGCACCUGUCCGGAGGGGUAUGCUGGCAAUGCGUUUAUCCAGUGCCAACCAGUGCCACCACCAAUCAUUGUCCAGCCGUGUCAGCCAUCACCCUGUGGCCCCAAUUCACAGUGCCGUGAGGCCAAUGGUCAGGCGGUAUGCUCCUGCGUGCCAGGAUAUAUUGGAACCCCUCCACUCUGUCGACCAGAGUGCACCUCGAACGCGGAAUGUGUGUCUCUCGAGGCGUGCGUGAAUCAAAAGUGCGUGGAUCCAUGUCCUGGAGCCUGUGGCAGGAAUGCCCAGUGUAGUGUCGUCAAUCACAAUCCCUUCUGCACGUGUCUGCCCCACUAUACGGGCAAUCCGUUUGUGGGCUGCCAGCAGAUCAUCGAGCCUCCUCAGAGGGAGGAACUCGUGCCACGCGAUCCCUGUCGACCCUCCCCCUGCGGACCCAAUGCCGAGUGUCGGGCCGUUGGGGACACAGCAUCGUGUUCCUGUCUGGCGGAAUUUGUUGGCUCUCCGCCGUACUGCAAGCCGGAAUGCGUGACCAACUCCGAGUGUCCAUCGAAUCGUGCGUGCAUCAAUCAGAAGUGUCGCGAUCCUUGCCCUGGUCUGUGUGGUAUAAGUGCCAUUUGUCGCGUUGUCUCCCACACGGCCAUGUGCAUCUGUGAUGCGGGCCUCACCGGCGAUCCCUUCACCCAGUGCCAGCCGAUUGUCCACGAUGUGGAGAUCAUCAAUCCGUGCCAUCCCUCGCCUUGUGGCUCGAACGCCGAGUGCAUACAACGGAACGGAGCGGGCGCCUGUCAGUGCUUACCGGAGUUCUUCGGGAAUCCCUACGAGGGCUGCCGUCCGGAGUGUGUCCUCAAUUCGGACUGUCCUGCGAACAGAGCCUGCCAGCAGCAGAAGUGCCGCGAUCCCUGCCCCGGCAGCUGUGGCCAGAACGCCGAGUGCAAUGUCGUGAACCACACGCCCAUCUGCAGCUGCUUCCCUGGAUUUAUAGGCGAUCCGUAUCGCUAUUGUAGUCAACCGCCAGAACCUAUUGUCCAUGACUACGUGAAUCCCUGUCAGCCAUCGCCCUGUGGCUCCAAUGCCAUUUGUCGCGUGGUCAACGAGCAGGCCGUGUGUUCCUGUGGCCCCGAGUUUGAGGGAGCCCCGCCCAACUGCCGUCCCCAGUGUACCUCCAGCUCUGAGUGUCCCUCCACCCAGGCUUGCAUCAGCUACAAGUGUGCCGAUCCCUGUCCUGGUGUGUGUGGCCAGCUUGCGAUCUGUGAGGUGCGAAACCAUAGUCCCAUCUGUAGGUGUCCCCCGGCCAUGAUGGGCGAUCCCUUCGUGCGCUGUCUGCCACGACCAGAGAUUCCUCCACCCCUAAGAGAUGUGGCCCCCUACCGCGAUCCCUGUGCACCCUCACCCUGUGGCCUUUACUCCACCUGCCGCAACCAACAACAGCAGGCUGUGUGCUCCUGUCUCCCGAACUACUUUGGCACUCCCCCGCAUUGCCGACCCGAGUGCUCCAUCAAUGCAGAGUGUCCCAGCCACUUGGCGUGCAUUAAUCAAAGGUGUCGCGACCCCUGUCCCGGCGCCUGUGGCCAGCAGACCGAGUGUCGGGUGACCAAUCACGUGCCCAGCUGUCUGUGCCUCCAGGGCUAUGUGGGAGACGCCUUCUUGGCCUGCCACCCAGCUCCACCCCCUCCAAGCAACGAUGAACCCCGUGAUCCCUGCAAUCCCAGUCCCUGCGGCAACAAUGCCAUUUGUUCGGGCGAUGGUCAGUGCCGCUGUGUGGCCGACUAUCAGGGGGAUCCCUAUGUCUCCUGCCGCCCCGAAUGCGUGCUGAGUGCCGAGUGUCCUCGGCAUCUGGCCUGCAUUCGCCAAAAGUGCACAGAUCCCUGUCCCGGCACGUGCGGUGCCAAUGCCAUCUGUGAAGUCCAGAGCCACAUAGCCAUGUGCCACUGUCCCCCGGGAAUGACUGGAAAUGCCUUUGUCCAGUGCAGCGCCGUACGUGAUGCAGUGGAUGUCUACCGCAAUCCUUGUAGCCCAUCGCCGUGCGGCAGCUAUGCCGAGUGCCGCGAGCGCAAUGAUCAGGCCAUCUGCAGCUGCCUCCCCAACUACUUUGGCGUCCCCCCCGCCUGCCGACCCGAGUGCAGCAGCAACUACGAUUGUGCACCCCAUUUGGCGUGCCAGAACCAGCGUUGCGUCGAUCCCUGUCCGGGAGCUUGUGGCGCCCAUGCCCAGUGCCGAGCUGUCAGCCACAGUCCUUUCUGCAGCUGCAGACCUGGCUACACGGGCAAUCCCUUCGUUCAGUGUCAUAGGAUCUUUGAACCUGUGAGGGAUGUGGUGCUCCGAGAUCCCUGCCAGCCAUCUCCCUGCGGUCCCAACAGCGAGUGUCGGCCCGUGGGUGAUACACCAUCCUGCUCAUGUCUCGCCAAUUUCUUUGGCACUCCGCCGAACUGCAGGCCCGAGUGUGUAUCCAACUCCGAGUGCAGCACGGUCCAAGUUUGUGUGAACAAUCGCUGCAAAGAUCCCUGUCCAGGGCUUUGUGGCACAUCUGCAGUUUGUCGCGUCAUUAGCCACAGUGCCAUGUGCCACUGCCAGCCAGCAUACAGCGGGGAUCCCUUCAUUCGCUGUGAUCCCAUUGUUGUACGUGAUCCCAUAGAGGUCCUGCAGCCCUGUAAUCCGAGUCCCUGUGGCGCCUUUGCCGAGUGCCGGCAACAGAAUGGAGUCGGCUCCUGUCUGUGCUUGCCCGAAUACCACGGCAAUCCCUAUGAGGCCUGUCGUCCCGAGUGUGUCCUGGACUCCGAUUGCGCCUCGAACAGAGCCUGUGUAAACCAGAAGUGCCGCAAUCCCUGUCCCGGAGUGUGUGGCCAGAAUGCCGAGUGCUACGUCCGCAAUCAUUUGCCCACCUGCAACUGCCAGAACGGCUAUGUGGGAGAUCCUUAUAGCUAUUGUAGCAUUGAGACCAAACCCAUUCGUGAGUAUGUGAAUCCCUGCCAGCCCUCUCCCUGUGGCCCCAACUCCCAGUGCCGUGAACUGAAUGGCCUGGCCACUUGCUCCUGUCUGCCCGAGUACGUGGGCAGUCCGCCUGGCUGUCGUCCCGAGUGUACGGUCUCCUCGGAGUGUAGUUUGGACAGGGCCUGUGUGCGCCACAAGUGUGUGGAUCCCUGUCCAGGUGCCUGUGGCAGCAAUGCCAAUUGUCUUGGAAUGAACCAUGCCCCACUCUGUUCCUGUCAGCCAGGCUACACGGGAGACCCAUUCACCCGUUGCUAUCCAUUGCCUCCUCCCACAACGCAUAUACUCUACGACAUUGUAAGCGAUCCCUGCCAGCCGUCCCCUUGCGGUGCCAAUGCCCAGUGCAGGCAGUCCCAGGGUCAGGCCAUCUGUAGCUGUCUCCCCAACUACUUUGGUCUGCCGCCCAACUGCCGACCCGAGUGUACCCAGAGUUCCGAGUGCCUGUCCAGCCGGGCGUGCAUCAACCAGAGGUGUGUGGAUCCAUGCCCCGGCUCCUGUGCCUACAACGCCCUCUGCACCACGCGUAACCAUGUGCCGAGCUGUCAGUGUCCCCCCAGAUAUGUGGGAGAUCCGUUCACCAAUUGUUACCCAGAACCCCAGCCACCACCCACACCCAUUGCCCUUGAUGAUCCCUGCCAUCCCUCGCCCUGCGGACCCAAUGCUCAGUGCUCGAACGGUCAGUGUUCGUGUAUUGGGGACUACCAGGGGGAUCCCUACAGGGGCUGCCGCCCAGAGUGUGUCCUGAAUGCCGACUGUUCGAAGGAUCGGGCCUGUGUGCGCCACAAGUGUGUGGAUCCCUGUCCGGGUACCUGUGCCCCCAAUGCCAUAUGCGAUACGAUCAAUCACAUCGCCAUGUGCCGCUGUCCAGAGCAGAUGACAGGCAAUGCCUUCAUCCAGUGCGAGUUCCCACCUGUGGCAUUGACUCCACCCGAUCCUUGCGCACCGUCACCGUGCGGCCCCAACAGCCGUUGCCGCGUACUCAACAACAAUGCCGUCUGCUCCUGCAUUGAGGACUAUGUGGGUACGCCACCCAAUUGUCGGCCCGAGUGCACCCACAAUUCGGAUUGUCUGCCGCGACUGGCCUGCCAGCGGCAGCACUGCAUCGAUCCCUGUCCCGGAACCUGUGGCUUCAACGCCCUCUGUCAUGUGGUCAAUCAUGCUCCAAUCUGCAGCUGUCCGCCGCAACACAAUGGCAACCCCUUCGCGGGCUGCUUCCCGGAACCAGUGCGUCGCGAUGAGGAACCCCCCAGGAACCCCUGUCAGCCCUCUCCUUGCGGACCCUAUGCCCAGUGCCUUGCUCUGGGAGAUCAGGCACAGUGUAGCUGUCUUCCCAGCUACAUUGGAACGCCGCCCAACUGCCGGCCAGAGUGUGUGACCAAUUCGGAGUGUCCCUUUGACAGGGCCUGCAUCAGUCAGCACUGCCGCGAUCUCUGUCCGGGCGUUUGUGGCUCCAAUGCCCAGUGCCAUGCGAUAAGCCACGCCGCCAUGUGCCAUUGCCUGCCCGGCUUCACGGGGGAUCCAUUCACCGCCUGCCACCAGCCUCCGAUCGUUCAACAAAUCGAAUAUGUCCAGCCUUGCUCCCCGAAUCCCUGUGGGGCCAAUGCUGUGUGUCGCCGCGAGGGCAAUGCCGGCUCCUGCCAGUGCCUACCCGAAUACUAUGGCAAUCCCUACGAGGCCUGUCGUCCCGAGUGUGUGGCCGACAGCGACUGUCCAUCAGAUAAGUCCUGCCACCAGCUGAAGUGCCGCGAUCCGUGUCCCGGGGUUUGUGCCCUGAAUGCUGCCUGUCGCGUGAUCAAUCACCUUCCCACUUGUCAUUGUCUCAGCGGAUUCCUAGGGGAUCCCUACAGCUACUGUCGUCUGCCAGAGAAACCUAUUCUCAAGGAGUACGUGAAUCCAUGCCAGCCCUCGCCCUGUGGCCCCAACUCCCAGUGUCGUGAGAACAACGAGCAGGCCAUCUGCUCGUGUCUACCGGAAUAUGUGGGGGCUCCGCCUAACUGUCGGCCCGAGUGCGUCUCGAAUGGGGAGUGUUCCCGUGACAAGGCAUGCCUCAAUAAAAAGUGUGGCGAUCCCUGUCCUGGAGUGUGCGGCUCCAAUGCCGAAUGUCGCGUCUUCCAGCAUGCCCCCAUCUGUAGUUGUCGUCCAGGGUUCACUGGCGAUGCUUUCUCCCGAUGCCUGCCCCUGCCACCACCCCUUCCCCCGCUCUUGGAUGUGUAUCGCGAUCCCUGCUUACCCUCGCCCUGCGGCCAGUAUGCGGAGUGUAGAGACAACCAAGGCUCUGCCACCUGUACCUGCCUCACCGCGUACUACGGCACUCCACCCAACUGCCGACCCGAAUGCACCAUCGCCGAGGAUUGUCCCUCGCAUCUGGCGUGUCAACAGCAGAACUGUCGCGAUCCCUGUCCAGGAGCCUGUGGCUUCAACGCCCUCUGCACGGUGAUCAACCACAGUCCCACGUGUCAGUGUGCUCCAGGACUGAUUGGCAACCCAUUCACAUCCUGCCAUGCUCGGCCACGCGAUCCACCACCACAACAGGAUACCAGCGAUCCCUGCGCCUCGAUUACGUGCGGUGCCAAUGCCGUCUGCCAGCAAGGAAGAUGCAGCUGUCUGCCAGAGUUCAUCGGAAAUCCAUUGAUUGGCUGUCGACCCGAGUGCGUCCUGAGUGCGGAAUGCGACUGGGACAAGGCGUGCGUGCGGAACAAGUGCAUCGAUCCCUGUCCCGGCACUUGUGGAUCCAGUGCCAUCUGUGAGGUCCACCGACACGUGGCCAUGUGCCAUUGUCCCCCGGGAAUGACUGGCAAUGCCUUCUCUCAGUGCCGACCACUGCCGCCGCCAGCUCAGGAUCCCCCCAUCAUAGUCGAUCCCUGUCAGCCCUCGCCUUGCGGACCAAAUGCCCAAUGUCGUCGCAUCAAUGGCCAGGCCGUGUGCUCGUGUCUGCCACAAUUUGUGGGCAUGCCACCAUCCUGCCGUCCGGAGUGCGUAAGCAAUGCGGAAUGUCCGCUGCACUUGGCGUGUCUGCAGCAACAGUGUCGCGAUCCCUGUCCGGGAUCCUGCGGCCUCAAUGCCGAGUGUCGCGUGAUCAAUCACAGUCCCAACUGCCACUGCAUCCAAUCGUUUACUGGAAAUCCAUUUGUGGCAUGCCACCGUCAACCUCCGCCUGCACCUGCCAGGCAGGACCCUGUUCCGCUGGAUCCCUGUCAACCCUCGCCGUGUGGCGCCAAUGCAGAGUGUCGCGUCCAAGGAAUCAACGCCCAAUGCAGCUGCCUCGCUGGAUUUGUGGGCACACCACCCGACUGCCGGCCGGAAUGCGUAUCCAACUCCGAUUGUCCCACGAAUCUGGCCUGCCGCAACGAAAAGUGCCGCGAUCCCUGCCCCGGAGUCUGUGGCCUGAAUGCGGAGUGCUAUGUGAUCAAUCAUACGCCCAUGUGUACGUGCCUCGCUGGAUACAAUGGCAAUCCCUUCUUUGGCUGUCAAGUGGUGCGCGAUGUCCCAGAGACACCACUCAAUCCGUGCGUGCCCAGUCCUUGUGGCGCCAAUGCCGUUUGCAGCGAACGUAAUGGAGCAGGGGCAUGCCAGUGCCUGCCCGACACCUUUGGCAAUCCCUACGAGGGCUGUCGUCCAGAGUGUGUCCUCAACACGGACUGUCCCAGCCAUUUGGCGUGUGUCAAUCAACACUGUCGCGAUCCCUGUCCAGGCACCUGCGGCUCCAAUGCCCUGUGCCAAGUGCGCCAUCAUCUGCCACAAUGCCAGUGCCUAGCGGGCUACCAGGGCAAUCCGUACACCUAUUGCAGCCUCCUGCGUGAUCCCCUGCCCGAACCCAUUGCCUCCCGUCCCUGCCAGCCCUCGCCUUGCGGACCCAAUGCCCACUGUCGCGAAGCGAAUGGUCAAGCUAUAUGCAAAUGCCUGCCAGACUUUGUUGGAUCCCCGCCUGCUUGUAGGCCCGAGUGUACCAUCUCCAGCGAGUGCGACUUGACCAGGGCAUGCGUGCAACACCACUGCGUCGAUCCCUGUCCGGGGAUCUGCGGCAGCAAUGCCCAAUGCCGUGUCCUCAACCACAGUCCGCAUUGCAGUUGUCUGCCCGGCUACACUGGAGAUGCCUUCAGUGGCUGCCAGCCGAUCCGACCCGUCAUUAGCUAUGAUGCUCCGCCCAAGGAUAUCUACCGCGACCCGUGUGCACCCUCGCCCUGCGGCACCUUCGGCCAGUGCAGAGCACAGGGCACCCAGGCCGUGUGCUCCUGCCUGCCAGGAUACUUUGGUGUCCCGCCUCAGUGCAAGCCAGAGUGUGUGAUCAAUCCAGACUGCGCCUCGCACUUCACCUGCAUCAGCGAGAAGUGCCGCGAUCCCUGUCCCGGCUCCUGUGGCCUGCUGGCCCAGUGCAACGUCAUCAAUCACACGCCCAUCUGUAGCUGCCCCCCUGGCUAUCAGGGCAAUCCCUUUGUCAGCUGCAGACCCCAACCUCCUCCAGCUCCGGUUCCAGUACUACGGGAUGCCUGCAAUCCCUCGCCAUGCGGCCCCAAUGCCGUUUGCAGUGCCGGAGGACAGUGCAAUUGUCUCGCAGAGUUCGAUGGCAAUCCGUAUGUGGGCUGUCGCCCGGAGUGUGUCCUGAAUUCAGAGUGUGCCCGGGACAGGGCCUGUCAGCGCAGCAAAUGCGUGGAUCCCUGUCCGGGGGCCUGUGGUGUGGGCGCCGUUUGUGAGGUGCGCAACCACAUACCCAUUUGCCUCUGUCCACCCGGGACUUCCGGAAAUGCCUUCAUCCAGUGUACGACCAUCCUUGUUCAAUCUUCUCCCGUGGAGCCCCCUAAUCCCUGCCAGCCAUCGCCCUGUGGAUCUAAUGCCCAGUGUCGCGAGGCCAACCAGCAGGCCGUGUGCUCCUGCUUGAGUGGAUACUUCGGUGUCCCGCCCAGAUGUCGACCGGAAUGCACCAUCAACUCAGACUGUGCCCCCCACUUGGCGUGCCUCAAUCAGCAGUGUCGCGAUCCCUGCCCCGGGGCCUGCGGACAAUUUGCCAACUGCCAGGUCAUCCGACAUGUCCCGCACUGCAGUUGUCCCGCAGGAUACGCGGGAAAUGCCUUCUCCCUGUGUCAGCAGAUACCACCAGCGGUUGUGCAGCGAGAGCCCCUCCCUGUGAAUCCCUGUCAUCCAUCCCCAUGUGGAUCGAAUGCCCAGUGCACGGAACAAGGCGAUCAAGCCAUCUGCAAGUGCCUUGAAGGCUACAUAGGACCGCCACCCAACUGUCGACCAGAGUGCAUAACAUCCUCCGAGUGCCCGAACCAAUUGGCAUGCAUCCAGCAGAAGUGCCGCGAUCCGUGUCCUGGUUUGUGCGGACAGGCAGCCAGCUGCCAGGUCGUGAGCCAUGUGCCCUCGUGCCUGUGCAUUGGAGACUACAUCGGAGACCCCUACACGGGCUGCCGUCCAAGACCAGCAAUGGAACGAGACCAGAUCAAUCCGUGCGCGCAGAACCCAUGCGGUAGCAAUGCCAUGUGCAGACAGCAAGGAGGAGCUGCGGCAUGCCAGUGCCUGCCCGAGACCUACGGCAAUCCCUACGAGGGCUGCCGACCCGAGUGUGUCGUCAAUUCGGACUGCUCCGGCCAUUUGGCCUGCUUGAACCAACAUUGUCGCGACCCCUGUCCUGGUAGCUGUGCACCGAAUGCCCAAUGCCAGGUCGUCAAUCACAUCCCCAGCUGUAGUUGCUAUCCCGGCUACAGAGGGGAUCCCUAUCGCCAUUGCCAUGCGGUGCCUAUCCAGGCGGAACCAAUCGAACCGGUUAAUCCCUGCCAGCCCCCGCCCUGUGGUCCCAACUCUGAGUGUAGCGUAGCCCAGGGACAGGCUGUCUGUCGCUGUCUGCCCGAUUACUAUGGCUCGCCGCCUGCCUGUCGACCCGAAUGCACCACCAAUCCCGAGUGUCCCCACGAUAGGGCCUGUGUGGCCAGACAUUGCUCCGAUCCGUGUCCAGGCGCUUGCGGGCAGAAUGCCAUUUGUCAGGCGCAUCAACACCGAGCCCUGUGCUCCUGUCCGCCCGGCUACACCGGCGAUGCCUUCACCCGAUGCCUGCCAUUACCUGCUCGACCUCCCCAUCAACCCAUUCGACAGUCGUCUCCUGUAGAUCCCUGCGUGCCCUCCCCCUGCGGACAGUAUGCCCAGUGUCGCGAGGAGUACGGACAAGGUGUCUGCACCUGUCUGGACUCCUACUACGGCACUCCUCCCCACUGUCGACCCGAGUGCACCCUCAACUCCGACUGUCCCGGCCAUCGGGCGUGCAUCAACCAGAAGUGCCGCGAUCCUUGCCCCGGUGCCUGCGGUCUGUACGCCCAGUGCUCGGUCCUCAAUCAUGUCCCCACCUGCUCUUGUCCGCAAGGAUACCUUGGAGAUCCCUUCUACCGCUGCUAUCCAGCGCCAGCUCCGUCUCCGCCUCCAGUGACUCCUAUUGUUGUUGAAGAUGAUCCCUGUCAUCCUUCCCCCUGUGGUCCCAAUGCCCAGUGCUCGAACGGCGUCUGCAGUUGUCUGCCACUCUACCAGGGCGAUCCCUAUGCGGGCUGUCGUCCCGAGUGCGUGCUGAGCACAGAGUGUCCCUCGGAUAAGGCAUGCAUACGCAAUCGCUGCGUGGAUCCGUGCCCGGGAACUUGUGGCUCCGGAGCCCACUGCAGAGUCCAGAAUCAUGUGGCCCUGUGUCACUGUCCGGACGGCCAGCAGGGAAAUCCUUUCGUGCUUUGCCAGCCAAAGCAGCAGCAGGAUUCACCCAUUCAGCUGCAUCCCUGCCAGCCAUCGCCCUGUGGCGCCCAUGGACAGUGUCGAGAGAUUGGUUCUCGCGCGGAAUGCACCUGCCUGCCUGGCUAUUACGGCAGUCCGCCCGACUGUCGGCCAGAGUGCGUCAGCGACUCCGAGUGUUCCCCGAGCCUCUCGUGCGUUAACCAAAAGUGUCGCGAUCCUUGUCCUGGCGCCUGUGGCUAUCUGGCCGAAUGCCAUGUGAUCAACCACAGUCCGCAGUGCGUUUGCCCGGCAGGGUACACGGGCAGUCCGUACUCCCAAUGCCAGGUUAUCGGUUUAGCUCCUGUCCAACGGGAACCCAUCGAUCCCUGCCAGCCAACUCCCUGCGGCCCCCACUCACAGUGCAGCAAUGAGGAUGGCCUCAAUGCCAUCUGCCGCUGCCUGCCCGAGUAUCUGGGCGUGCCACCCUACUGCCGACCCGAGUGCAUUGCUAACAGCGAGUGUCCCGGCGACAGGGCGUGCAUCAAUUGGAAGUGCCAGGAUCCCUGUCCCGGUCUCUGCGGCUACAAUGCGAUCUGCCGGACGUACAAUCACCAGCCGAACUGUGUUUGUGCCCCCGGGCUGGUGGGUAAUCCAUUCAACUCGUGUCUGCUGCCAGCACGUCGGCCCUCCUACGAAUCCCCCGCGAUACCCCCCACAACGGCCAUAGAAGUACUGCAACACGAUCAGCCCAUCCGCAAUCCGUGCGAACCGAAUCCCUGCGGGGCCAAUGCUCGAUGCAGUCAGCAGAGAGGCAUUGCCUCGUGCGUCUGUUUGCCGGAUUACUACGGCAAUCCCUACGAUGCCUGCCGUCCAGAGUGUAUUCUCAAUUCCGACUGUGCGUCGCACAGGGCGUGCGUGCAGCAAAAGUGUCGCGACCCGUGCCCCGGCACCUGCGGCCUCAACGCCGAGUGCCACGUCCUGGAUCAUUUGCCCCAUUGCCAGUGCUUCAGCGGCUACACGGGUAAUCCUCUGGUCUACUGCGCCCCGCUGCCCGUUGUCCAGGAAUCACCCUUAACUCCAUGUGAUCCCUCGCCCUGUGGACCCAAUGCCAGGUGUCAGCCAUCGAAUGACCAAGCCGUUUGCUCCUGUCUGCCCGAUUUCUACGGAACCCCGCCCCAGUGUCGUCCCGAGUGUACUUUGAACUCAGAGUGUGCCCUUGACAGGGCGUGUAUCCAUCUCAAGUGCGUCGAUCCCUGUCCAGGAAUCUGCGGCUUGAAUGCCGUGUGCCGGGUGCAUUAUCACAGUCCCAUCUGCUACUGCAUCGCCUCGCACACCGGUGAUCCGCUCACCCGUUGCUACGAGAUCCCCACCAGACGUAAGAAUACAAUCGCCGAUAGUAUAAACGGUUCAAAGCCUAACAACCCCAAUCCCUUGGUCACUCAUUUCCCGACAGCCGCGACAGCCGAAAGACCCCAACAGAUAUACGACACCCCAUCACCACCCUAUCCAGUUGCAAUUCCCGGAUUGGUGUACAUUCAACAACCGCAGCCGGGAAUUGUCAAUAUCCCCAACCAGCCACCCAUCCAUGAUGUCCAGUACCCAAGACCACAAUACCCUCCACAAUCAAUUCCACAACAACCAGGAGUUGUAAACAUCCCCACGUAUCCUUCGCCACAACCGACGAUUUCCAAUGUUCCGUCACCCGAAACACCGAUUCAACAGCAGCCUGGAGUUGUCAACUAUCCAUCUUCGGUUCCACAACAGCCAGGAGGAAUAGUAAAUAUUCCUUCUGUGCCACAGCCCGUGCCUGUAGUUCCGAAACGACCAGUAUUUAUACCAACGCCGGCGAACGCCACACCUGCACCACAGCCUGGAAUAGUGAACAUUCCCUCCGUGCCACAGCCAGUGUAUCCGUCACCCCAGCCGCCCGUUUACGAUGUGAACUAUCCCACGCCCCAGACACCGAGUCACCAGCAACCUGGAGUUGUCAAUAUUCCUUCAGUGCCACACCCUUCGCCGCAGCCAGGAGUCGUUAAUAUACCUUCGGUGCCCCAACCUGUCUACCCAUCACCCCAGCCACCGAUCUACGAUGUAAAUCAUCCUACGAUUCCUCAUUCUCAACCGGCACCCGGAAUUGUGAAUAUACCUUCCGUACCGCAACCGCAACCGACACCUGCACCACAGCCGGGAGUGGUUAAUAUUCCUUCUGUACCGCAACCGACACCUGCACCACAGCCGGGAGUGAUUAAUAUUCCUUCUGUACCGCAACCGACACCAGCACCACAGCCGGGAGUGUUUAAUAUUCCUUCUGUACCGCAACCGAUACCGCCGUCGCAUCAACCGCCAGUUUAUUUGUCAACACCCUUGAACUCUGUGCCACCUGCACCACAGCCAGGAAUAAUUAAUAUUCCCUCUGUACCGCAGCCCCGGCCUCCCAUUCAUGGCGUCCAUUAUCCAACGCCUCAGACACCGAUCCCUGAAAGACCUGUUGGUGUUGUAAAUAUACCAUCCGUGGUGCAACCAGUGUAUCCCACACCCCAGCCGCCAGUUUACGAUGUGAACUACCCCACGCCACACUCCCCAGUGCCCCAGAGGCCAGUGAUAGUGAAUAUCCCAUCUCUGCCGCAGCCUGUGGCACCUGUAUCGCAACGUCCAAUAUUUACACCGUCACCUGUGAGCCCUGUGACACCUGCACCACAGCCGGGAGUGAUCAAUGUUCCUUCUGUGCCGCCGCAACAAGUGUAUCCCUCCCCUCAGCCGCCGAUUGUGCAGAGCCCUGCCAUAUACGACGUGUACUAUCCACCGCCGCCGUCGAUACCAGGUGUCAUCAAUAUACCCUCGCCUCCCCGGCCAGUAUACCCGGUGCCCCAGCAACCAAUAUAUGUUCCGGCUCCACCAAGGCCAACUCCACACCCACAACCACAACCGGGUGUAGUAAACAUUCCUUCGAUGCCACAGCCUACGUAUCCGCAUCCGAAUCCACCCAUUCAUGAUGUUAGCUACCCGACACAACGACCAAGUCCCGUGCCGGGUGUCAUAAACGUGCAUUCUGUGUCACAACCAACUCCUGUGCCAAAUCCUGUGCCUGGAGUGAUCAAUAUUCCGUCACAACCAUCACCACCGAAUAUUGUACCAACUCCCGGAGUUGUAAACAUACCUUCAGUGCCACAGCCCACGUAUCCAACUUAUAAUCCACCGAUCCAUGAUGUUAGCUAUCCAACACCGCAACCAAUUCCCUCUCCUGCACCAGGAGUUGUAAAUAUUCCUUCCGCGCCACAGCCAGUGCCGUCGUCGAUUCCUGGUGUGAUCAAUAUUCCGUCACAACCAUCACCACCGACAGUUAUAGAAAUUCCUGGAGUUAUCAACAUUCCUUCAGUGCCACAGCCUACAUAUCCAACACAGAAUCCAACACCUAUUCAGGACGUUAGCUAUCCAACACCACAACCAAAUCCUAUUACAGGAGUUAUAAUCGUGCCUUCUGAGCCACAUCCAGUUCCUUCAUCAACGCCAAGUGUGAUCAAUAUACCAUCACAACCAUCACCACCGCAUGUACCAGCUCCCGGAGUGGUAAACAUUCCUUCGGUGCCACAGCCCACGUAUCCGUCACAGAAUCCACCUAUCCAGGACGUCAGUUACCCAACUCCCGUACCAAAACCUGUGCCUGGAGCGAUCAAUAUACCAUCACAACCAUCACCAACGAUUUAUGUACCAACUCCCGGAGUGGUAAACAUUCCUUCGGUGCCACAGCCCACGUAUCCGUCACAGAAUCCGCCUGUCCAGGACGUCAGUUACCCAACUCCCGUACCAAAACCUGUGCCUGGAGUGAUCAAUAUACCAUCACAACCAUCACCACCGAUUUAUGUACCUACUCCCGGAGUGGUAAAUAUCCCUUCGGUGCCACAACCUUCUCCUGCGGCACCCCAACAACCUAUGUUCGAUGUCAACAACGAGACUCAGAGGCCACAGCCACAACCCCAACCUACACCUGGAAUUAUCAACAUACCAUCCGUAGCACAACCAGGACCCACUCGUCGACCCAACUAUGGUGUGGCAAGGCCCGUUUUCGAGUUCAAUCCCUGCUACCCAUCGCCCUGCGGACCGUACUCGCAGUGCCACAAUCGCUUUGGAGCGGCCGCGUGCGUCUGUCUGCCCAACUACAGAGGAACUCCGCCCAACUGUCGGCCGGAGUGUGUCGUCCAAUCUGACUGUCCCUCGGCGCUGGCGUGCAUAAAUGAAAAGUGUCGCGAUCCCUGCCCGGGAUCAUGCGGCUAUGAGGCAGUGUGUCGAGUGCAUGAACAUGUGCCCCAUUGCUUCUGUCGCUCUGGAUACACAGGAGAUCCUUUCGUUUCCUGCCAACCAACACCGAUACAGCAUGAACCCAUAGUCCAAAAGGAUCCCUGUUAUCCUUCGGUAUGCGGACCCAAUGCGGUGUGUCAUGAUGAGAAAUGCCGUUGCCUGCCGGAAUACCGAGGCGAUCCCUACUUUGGCUGUCGUCCAGAGUGCGUCCUGAACACAGAGUGUGCCCGGGACAAGGCAUGCAUCAAUCAAAAGUGCCAGGACCCCUGUCCAGGAACAUGCGGACUGAACGCACUCUGCCAUGUCUACAACCAUUUGGCGACCUGCUCCUGCCCGGAUAGAAUGCAAGGCGAUGCCUUUGUGCGCUGCGAUCCCAUCCCAGCCACAACAGAGCCGCCUCCAACCACAUUGCCCGCGGUGAUACCACAGCGUACGCCCAUCAAUCCGUGCCGACCUUCGCCAUGUGGAACCAAUGCCAACUGUCGGGCCUAUCAUGAGCAGGCGAUUUGCUACUGCCUCCCGGGAUACAUUGGCACACCACCCGCCUGUCGUCCCGAAUGCACCUCGAACUCCGAUUGUGCUCUGGACAAGUAUUGCCUGAAUCUCAAGUGUCACGAUCCCUGCCCGGGGGCAUGCGGCAUACGGGCCAUAUGCCACGUGCAGAGCCACAGUCCCCGCUGUCUGUGUCCGCCCCAUCUCACGGGCAACCCCUUGCUAUCGUGUCAGCCCAUAGUUUUGCCACCACCUCCUCGCGACGAAGUUAACCCAUGUCUGCCCUCACCUUGUGGCCCCCACUCCGAGUGUCAGGCCACGGCAGGCGGCUCUGCCCGCUGCUCAUGCCUGCCCCAAUACCCCAGGGGAACCCCACCCCACUGUCGGCCCGAGUGCGUAAGCAGCGCCGACUGUCCAGCCGACAAGGCAUGCAGAAACCAUAAGUGCAUCGAUCCGUGCCCUGGCACCUGUGGCCAACUGGCUCUUUGCCGUGUGGUGUCCCACAGCCCCAUCUGCUAUUGCCCCGAGGGCUACGUGGGCAAUGCGUAUAGCAUUUGUGCUCGUCCUGCGCCCGUGAGGGAUGUGGUUGUACCUGUGCCUGUACCUUGCCAACCCAGUCCUUGCGGCAUCAAUGCCAUUUGUCGACCCAACCAUGAUAUGAGCGUAUGCCAGUGUCUGCCCGAUUAUUACGGCAAUCCGUAUGAGAUCUGUCGCCCCGAGUGUACGGUCAAUUCGGAUUGCAGAAGUGACAGAGCGUGCCUCGGCGAGAAGUGUCGCGAUCCCUGUCCCGGUGCCUGCGGCCCCAAUGCCCAUUGUCUGGCCAUUAAUCACAGCCCCGUCUGCGAGUGCCACGAGGGUUUUAUUGGAAAUCCCUACCUCGCAUGUCGUAGGGUGCAACAUGAACCCACGCCUCCGGAAUACGUGAAUCCCUGCCAGCCAUCGCCAUGCGGUGCCAAUGCCCAGUGUCGCGAGUCCCAGGGCCAGGCCAUAUGCUCCUGUCUGCCCGAGUUUGUAGGCACGCCGCCCGCCUGCCGUCCCGAGUGUGUGAUCAGUGCCGAGUGUCCUGCGGACAAGGCGUGCAUCAAUCAGAAGUGCCAGGAUCCCUGUCCCGGCUCCUGUGGUCUGAACGCCCAGUGUCAUGUGAGGAAUCACAGUCCGCUCUGCUCGUGUCUGCCCGGGUUCACGGGCGAUGCCUUGACCCGCUGUCUGCCCAAUCCCCCACCACCAAAGCCACCAAAGUCGGAGGACCCUCCUCGUGAUCCCUGUUAUCCCUCGCCCUGUGGACCUUACUCCCAGUGUCGGGAGGUGAACGGAGGAGCCAGCUGCAGCUGCCUGCCCAAUUAUGUGGGCGCUGCUCCCAACUGCCGGCCCGAGUGCACCAUCAAUGCGGAGUGUCCCAGCAGCCAGGCGUGCAUCAACGAGAAGUGUCGCGACCCCUGUCCGGGUGCCUGCGGCUUUGCCGCCCUCUGCAACGUGAUCAAUCACACGCCGAGCUGCUCGUGUCCCAGUGGCUAUACCGGAGAUCCAUUCACCAGCUGUCGGAUCGUGCCACCAACGCCGCCCCCGACGACUCCGAUCUCCGAUCCGUGCCAGCCGUCACCCUGCGGCGCCAAUGCCCAGUGCCGCGAUGGUCAGUGCUCGUGUCUGCCCGAAUAUCAGGGCGAUCCGUACACUGGCUGCCGGCCCGAGUGCGUCCUGAACUCGGACUGUCCGAGGAACAGGGCCUGCGUGCGACAAAAGUGCGUCGAUCCCUGCCCAGGAAACUGUGCACCGAAUGCCCUCUGCAAUGCCGUCAACCAUAUUGCGAUGUGCCACUGUCCUGAGCGAAUGACGGGCAACGCGUUUGUGUCCUGCUCCCCGCUGCGCGAUGAGCCCCCAGCGCGUCCGCCCAAUCCCUGCCAUCCAUCACCAUGCGGAGACAACGCCCAAUGCCUGGAGAGAAACGACGUGGCCAUCUGCUCCUGCCUGGCGGGCUACUUCGGUCAGCCUCCCAACUGCCGUCCGGAGUGCUACGCCAGCUCCGACUGCUCCCAGGUGCACGCGUGCAUCAACCAGAAAUGUGUGGAUCCCUGUCCAGGACAAUGCGGUCUCAAUGCCAUCUGCCAGGCGGUGCAGCACAGAGCGCACUGCGAGUGCAGUCCCGGUUACACCGGCAAUGCCUACUCCCAGUGUCAUCUCGUGAUUGUGCGAAGACCCGAAUCCAAUGCUGUGCGCGAUCCCUGCUACCCAUCGCCCUGCGGCCCCAACUCCCAGUGCAGCAAUGAGAAGGGUCAGGCGCAGUGCCGCUGCUUGCCAGAGUUCCAGGGCACACCUCCCAACUGCCGACCCGAGUGUGUCAGCAACGACGAGUGCUCCAAUAGCAUGGCCUGCAUCAAUCAGCGCUGCACCGAUCCCUGUCCCGGCAGCUGUGGCCAGAACGCCCUAUGCGUGGUCCGGCUGCACACGCCCAACUGUCAGUGCCCCAGCGGCAUGACCGGGGAUCCUUUCCGCCUGUGCCAAAAACCACCAUUGCAGGAGCCACCAGCCACACCGAAGAACCCCUGCUAUCCAUCGCCCUGCGGCACCAAUGCCGACUGCCGUGUGACCGGCCAGAGCUAUGUGUGCGAAUGCAGCCAGCAGGAGUAUAUAGGGAAUCCCUACGAGGGCUGUCGCCCCGAGUGCGUGGGCAACUCCGAGUGUCCUGCGAACAGGGCCUGUGUGCGCAGCAAAUGCGUGGAUCCCUGCCCGGGAGUGUGCGGCCUGGAGGCGAUGUGCAACAUGAACAACCACAUACCGAUCUGCUCCUGUCCGGCAGGAUACACGGGCAAUGCCUUUGUGCAGUGCACGCGCCUGCUGGCCCCACCACCUGUCUCCGAUCCCUGCUAUCCCUCGCCGUGUGGACCCAACUCCGUGUGCCGAGUGCAGAGCGAGAAGGCCGUGUGUGAGUGUUUGCCAGGAUUCUUUGGGAAUCCUCUGGCCCAGGGCUGUCGCCCGGAGUGCACUCUGAGCUCGGACUGCGCCAAGGAUAAGGCCUGCAUCAAUGCCAAGUGCGUGGAUGCCUGCGUGGGCGAAUGCGGCUACGGAGCCGUAUGUCAGACCAUCAACCACAGCCCCGUCUGCAGUUGCCCCGCCAACAUGGUGGGUAAUCCGUUCGUCCAGUGCGAGACACCGCGCCAAGCAGAGCCAGUGGAUCCCUGCAACCCAUCGCCCUGUCGCAGCAACGGCAUCUGUCGUGUCCACAAUGGCGCUGCCACCUGCAGCUAUCCUGAGUGUGUGAUCAACGAGGACUGCUCCCGCGAUCGCGCCUGCGUUAGCCAGAAGUGCCGCGACCCGUGUCUGCAGGCCUGCGGCCUCAAUGCCAUCUGUCGUGCCAUCAACCACAAAGCUGUCUGCAGCUGUCCACCCGACUUCUAUGGCUCGCCAUACGCCCAGUGUCUGCGGCAGAUCCCACAGCUGGAGCCCCCGAAGCCGGAGUGCGUCAGCGAUGCAGAAUGCACCAAUGACAAGGCCUGCAUCAACCAGGUGUGCAGAAAUCCCUGCGAGCAGACCAAUCUCUGCGCCCAACAGGCCCGCUGCCAUGUCCAGCUCCAUCGUCCGCUGUGCGUCUGCAACGAGGGAUACUCGGGCAAUGCCCUGCAGCAUUGCUAUCUACUCGGCUGUCGCUCCGACACCGAAUGCGCCCCUACCGAGGCCUGCAUCAACGAAAAGUGUGUGGAUCCCUGCAGCUUCACCCAGUGCGGCGCAGGAGCCACCUGUCGCGCCGACUUCAACCACCGCGCGCGCUGCCACUGUCCGGAUGGAUACCGCGGCAAUCCUCUGGUGCGCUGCGAGCGACCGGAGUGCCGAAGCGACGACGAGUGCUCGUUCCAUUUGGCCUGCCGCAACGAGAGAUGCGAGGAUCCGUGCAACUGCGGCAUCGGUGCCCAGUGUCGUGUGGACAACCAUCGCGCCCAGUGCCGCUGCCCGGCCGGCUUCAGUGGAAAUCCCGCCAUACGCUGUGACCUGGUGCCCGUGCAACCCGAGGGCUGCACCAUGGAUGCCGAGUGUCCCAGCAAGCUGGCCUGCUUCUCAGGCGAAUGCAAGAACCCAUGCGCUGUGACCCAUCCGUGUGGCGCCAAUGCCAUCUGCGACGUGGUCGACACACUGCCCCUGCGCACCAUGACGUGCCGCUGUGAGCCUGGCUAUGUGGGUGAUGCCGACAUUGGAUGUCGCAAAGAACCCGCUCAAGACCUGGGCUGCACAUCGCACGAUCAGUGCCAGGAUACGGAAGCCUGUCGCGCUGGCAACUGUGUCAAUCCCUGCCUGGAUGGCUCCCCUUGCGCCCGAACAGCCCAGUGUCUGGCCCAGCAGCAUCGCGCCAUUUGCAGCUGCCCUCAAGGCACCCAAGGAGAUCCGUUCACCAAUUGCUACCAGCCACCUCAAAUCACAGCUGGAUGCACACACGACUCUGAGUGCACGCCAACCACGGCGUGCAUCAAUAAGCGUUGCCAGGACCCAUGUGCCGAGGCCAAUCCUUGUGCCGGCAAUGCCGAAUGUCGUGUGCAGAACUCUCGUCCCACAUGCUACUGUCCCGCUGGCUGGGGCGGUGAUCCGCAAGUCCAAUGUUACAAACCUGAAUGCAAAAUCAAUGCCGAUUGUCCCUACGACAAGGCUUGUUUGAACGAGAACUGCGUGAAUCCCUGCACCCAUGGACAAGUGCGUUGCGGCAGUGGAGCCCAAUGUUUGCCACAGAAUCACCAGGCUGUCUGCAGCUGUCCGGCCGGCACUCAGGGCAGUCCCUUCGUGGCCUGCAUAACCGGCCAUUGUCAAUACAACGAGGAUUGCGCCGAUCACGAAGCCUGCGACCGCCUAAACCGCGUUUGCCGGCCCGUCUGCGAGCAGGAGACCUGUGCUUUGAACGCCAUCUGUGUGGGUCGACGCCAUCAGCCGCAGUGUGAGUGCCGCGCAGGAUACCAGGGCAAUCCGUUUGUCCAGUGCGAUAUGCCACAGCGAACCCCACAGGCUCCGGAGUGCACACAGGAUGCCGAGUGUCCCUCAAAGCUUGCCUGCAUCAACGAACGCUGUGCAGAUCCUUGUGCUACUCCUCAUGUGUGCAGUCCCCAACAGACCUGUGCCGUCCUCGAUACCCUGCCACUUCGCACCAUGAUCUGCAAGUGUCCCAGCGACACGGUCACCGAUAACGCGGGCAACUGUGUGGCCAUCAGGAGACCCAUUGCCCCGCCCAGUGGUGGCUGUCAGCACAGCUCCGAGUGCGCCAAUCCUGAGGUCUGUUCGAAUGGAAACUGCCUGGACGCCUGCCGCCUCGAAAAGUGUGGCGUCAAUGCCCAAUGUACAUCGCGGGAUCACUAUGCACAGUGCAGCUGUCCCGCCGGCUACCAGGGCAAUCCUCGCAUCGAAUGCUAUUCCACAGAGAUCGGCCUGCCGAAGAGUCCAGAGCCAGGCUGUACGCGAGAUGACGACUGCCCCAGGGACAAGACGUGCCGCAACGAAUUGUGUGUGAGUCCAUGUGCUGCGGAUGCCUGCGGCAUCGGUGCCUACUGCCAUGUGCAGCAGAGGAAGGCCAUCUGCCGCUGCCCGCCUGGCUAUUCGGGCAAUCCCAAGGAUCGCUGUCUGCCACCUUCUGAUGUGAUAACCGUCGGCUGCAAGUCCAGUAGCGAUUGUCCUGUGACAGAGGCGUGCAUCAAUGCCCAGUGCGUCAGUCCCUGCAACUGCGGACCGAAUGCCGAAUGCAGCGUUAAGAACCAUCGUCCCAUCUGCUACUGCAAGCCAGGAUUCUCGGGCAAUGCCCAGUUCGGCUGCGUGGCCAUUGGCUGCCAAUCGGAUGACGAGUGCAGUGGUGACAAGCAGUGCUUGAAUCGCGAAUGCAUCAAUCCUUGCCUGGUGGUCGAUCCCUGUGCAUUGAAUGCCGAAUGCUACGGACACAAUCAUCGUGCCAACUGUCGUUGUCCCGCUGGCCUGGAGGGAGAUCCAUUCGUGCGCUGUCUGCGCCUCGAAUGCCACUCGGACUACGACUGUGCCUCGAACCUGGCCUGUGUAUCCAACCAGUGCGUGGAUCCGUGUGGCCAACAGAAUCCCUGCGCCCAGAAUGCCAUCUGUCAGGCCCUGCAGCAUCGAGCCGUCUGCCGCUGUCCGGAGCAAAUGCCUCUGGGCAAUCCGUAUGCCUACUGCGAACGCCGACCCGUGGAGCCCGUGUGCCGCGAUGAUGGUGACUGUCCCAGCGGUCUGGCCUGCAUCGAUGCCAAGUGCCAGAACCCAUGCACCGAACUCUCCCCCUGUGCCCGCACCGCCCAGUGCAGUGUCCUCGAUAGUGUCCCAGUGCGGACCAUGGUCUGCGAGUGUCCCGAGUCCCAGGUGCCAGACGCCAGUGGCGAGUGCCGCCAACUGGUGCUGGCCAGUCCACCGGGCUGUGAAAGUGACCAGGAUUGUCCCGACCAAGAGGCGUGCAUCCAUCGCCAGUGCCGCAACCCAUGUAACUGUGGCACCAACGCCAUCUGCCAGGUGACCCAACAUCGUGCGGUUUGCAGCUGCCAGGAUGGCUUCGAAGGCAAUCCCUAUGCCGCCUGCCGCUCGAUCGGCUGCCGCGUGGAUGGUGAGUGCGAUUCUGGCAAGGCCUGCAUCAACGGCGACUGCAUCAAUCCCUGCCUCAUCAACGACCCCUGCGGACCCAAUGCCGAGUGCUUCGUGCAGUCAAACCACGCCCAGUGCCGCUGCCUCAGCGGAUACCGCGGCAAUCCGUACGAACGCUGCCGCAUCAUCGGCUGCAGCAGCAACAACGACUGCCCCACGGACAAGACUUGCCAGAACGAGCAGUGCGUGAAUCCCUGCGUCUACCACAAUGCAUGUGCCCCGCGCGCCGAGUGCCGCCCCCAGAACCACCUGGCUGUCUGUCGCUGUCCUUCCGACUUUGUUGGCAAUCCUUACGUGGACUGCCGUCCCCAGCCGCAGCCCGUCUGCGUGCUGGACACGGACUGCCCCUCGCGACAGGCAUGCAUCAACGAGCACUGCGUGGAUCCUUGCCUCGUCCUGGAGCCCUGCCAGCGGCCUGCUCAGUGCCAGGUGACGCCCACGUCCCCAGUACGUACCAUGAUCUGCAUCUGUCCGGAUGGAUACAUCAGCAGCGGCAGCGGCAGCUGCAAGCCCACUACCGGCAUCGUCAAGGUGGGUGGUUGCAUAUCGGACUCUGACUGUGCCGCCGACAAGUCCUGCCUGAACGGCAUCUGCCGCGACCCGUGCAACUGCGGCGUGAACGCCGAGUGCCGCAUCAAGGACCACAAGCCUGUAUGCACUUGUCGCCAGGGCUACGAGGGCAAUCCCGAGUUCGAAUGCGCCAAGAUCGAGUGCAACAUCAAUGCGGACUGCCCCGGCACGCAUGCGUGCCGCAACCAACUCUGCGUGCCCGCCUGCCAGGGUGAACAAUGCGGCUCCAAUGCCCAAUGUUUGGCCAUCAAUCAUCGGGCCGUGUGCGAAUGCGCUCCCGGUCAUGGUGGAAACGCCCGUCUUGGAUGCACGCCACUGGGCUGCCGCACCGACGACGAGUGUCCCACGGACAGAGCGUGUGUGAACGGCAAGUGCAACGAUCCCUGCGCUACAACGGCCAUCUGUGGCCAAGACGAACUCUGCAAGGUCUAUCAGCAUCGUCCGCAAUGCGCCUGCCCGCCCGGUACUGUACCCGGACGCAAUGGAUGCGAAACGGAACGCCAUAUCCCCAUCUGCAUUAGCGACGGCGACUGCCCCAGCCAGAAGGCUUGUCUGCGUGGCGAGUGCGUGAAUCCCUGCAAUGCCACACAGCCGUGCGGCGUCAAUGCUGAGUGCCGCGUGCGCGACACCCUCCCAGUAAGGACCAUGAUCUGCGAAUGCCUCGAGGGCUACACCGGCAAUGCGGCUGUGCAGUGCGACAAGCGAUCGCUCUGCGUCAUCGAAAAGGGCUUCGUGCGCGAUGUGGACGGACAGUGUGUAUGCCCACCGGGCACCGCUCUGGACAUUUACGAGUACUGCACCCCUUGCCAAGUGGAGCAAGGCUUCCGCAUCGACGAAAGCGGCCAUUGCAUAUGCGCUCUAGAGCGUGGCAUGGUCAUCGACGAGCGUGGUCGCUGCACCUGUCCCAUUGAGCUGGGCUACAGCCUGACGCCCCGAGGAGAGUGCCAGCCGGAGGAGCCGCCAGAGUGUACCACCAACGACCAGUGCGCGGACAAUCGGUACUGCAAUCUGGAUACCAAGACCUGCGAGGAUCCCUGCCUGACCAAGGUGUGUGGAGUGAAUGCCUUCUGCAAUGCCAUCAACCAUCGUGCCCAGUGCCAGUGCAUUACGGGCUACACGGGCAAUCCGGAACUGCAUUGUAACCACACCAACUUCCGCACCGACUUCCCCAGACCCGACAUGGUCGUCAGCUGCCUGGCCGAUGGUGUUCAAGUAGAAAUCCACAUCACAGAGCCCGGCUUCAAUGGCGUGCUUUACGUAAAGGGCCACAGCAAGGAUGAGGACUGCCGUCGUGUUGUCAAUCUGAACGGCGAGACGGUGCCACGCACCGAAAUCUUCCGCGUGCACUUCGGCAGCUGUGGCAUGCAGGCGGUGAAGGAUGUGGCCAGCUUUGUCCUGGUCAUCCAGAAGCAUCCCAAGCUAGUCACCUACAAGGCCCAGGCGUACAACAUCAAGUGCGUCUACCAGACGGGCGAGAAGAACGUAACCCUAGGCUUCAACGUGUCUAUGCUGACCACAGCUGGAACCAUUGCCAACACCGGUCCACCGCCCAUCUGCCAGAUGCGCAUCAUCACCAACGAGGGCGAGGAGAUCAAUUCGGCCGAAAUCGGCGACAAUCUCAAGCUGCAAGUGGAUGUCGAGCCAGCCACUAUUUAUGGUGGCUUUGCCCGCUCCUGCAUAGCCAAGACCAUGGAGGACAAUGUCCAGAACGAGUAUCUGGUGACAGACGAGAACGGCUGUGCCACGGACACCAGCAUCUUUGGCAACUGGGAAUAUAACCCGGACACCAACAGUCUGCUGGCCAGCUUUAAUGCCUUCAAGUUCCCCUCGAGCGACAACAUCCGAUUCCAGUGCAACAUACGCGUCUGCUUCGGCCGAUGCCAGCCCGUCAAUUGUGGUGGCUACAAUGCCUUUGGGCGACGUCGCCGCUCUAUAGCCGACAACUCAAGCGACACGACAGCCAUUGCCACCAACUCAGGGGUUGAGGGUCAGCUACGCGAGGAGAUAACCAUCUCAUCGAAUGCUAUUCUCACAUUCGAGAAGCGCAGCGGUCCAGGCCUGAAUGAUGCCAACAUCAAACCGGCGGCACAGCGAGUGGAGGAUAUAUGCGUUUCGAUGGUGGGACUGAUCAUUGCCUUGGUUAUCACGGCUCUAUUGGCUCUUGUGGCUGUCGCCGUGGCCGUCUCCUGCUGGCUAAUGGCCUACAGAAGGCGACCAAAGACCAUAGCCCCGCUGCCACAUCCGCCAGAGUUCCCCAACCCACUCUUUUCCAACCCCGACGCUGUGCCCGAGCCAACGCCAGACUACAUCUCCUAAACACAACACUGGAAACACACACACCUAGCUAUAAAACCUUAGUCGAUAAGAAAAAUAAGAAAAAACACCAAUACCAGAGAAAAAGGGUAAUCUUCACAGAAGUUUAAAUUAAUGUGAAUAUUUGAGAGGCACGUGCAAAAAGUUCUGCAAAAUGCAAAACAUCUAAUGAUAUUUCAAUGAAAAUGUGAAGAAUGAAUCAAAGAAAAACAAAAGUACGUUUGUGAGCAGAAAGAGGAAAAACGGGCCGGACUAAUGGCCGUAAAACGUAAAACGAAAGAAAACGAAAGUGUAAAAAGCGAGAAUUGUAUGUAAGCAAAAUGCAUGCAAAUAAUAAUAGUAGCUUAAGAAAAUAAUUUUAUUAUUUGUAUUAACGUUUAAUGUUCUCUCUUUCCCACUAAUAUGAGAAUUUUGCGUAGUGUAGCAGUAGCCGAGUAUUUAGCUUCCACAUGCAUAUGUAGAAUCCAAUCCAGAAACUGCCAAACAGAAGAUGUAGGAGAAGCGGGGGUACCCAGAGUGCAGCUACAAACGAAUUCUCGUCCUCUAACGACAACUUCUUCAUUAGUCGAUUAUCAAUAUUAAUAUUCUGUUAUAUAUAUUACGAUGAUAUAUAUGACUAAAGACUUCCUAUAAAUAUUUAGGGUGUGGGUAGUACCAACGACACUUUGUAUUAUAGCACAGAAACACAAACACACACACACACUUCCUGUAACUUUAAACGUGAACUCAACUCGCCUUUUAAAAUUGAAAACUGCCUUGAUUUUCCAACACGAACGAACAAUGCACCCCAGAAUACUCUUUCUCUAGCAGUAUGUAAGAAAUCGUUGGACCUUUCGCGUGUGUCAGCUAUAACCACUUGACAAUAUGCCAACGAUUGUCUCUGAUGGAUUGUACAAGAGCUCAAGAGUUUAACACACACACAGAUGCACACACACACACACUCUAAGCUCGAAGCACACGGAAAUAGUUCUAGAAAGAAUAUUUAUAUAACCUUUCACUGCCACUGAGGCGUCAAGCAGCGCACAAAACGAUACAUACUGUCCAUCUAAUGCAUAGGAAAUACUAGGCUUGUUUUAAUUUUAAUUGCAACGACGACGACUAAUGGAGGAUUUGAUUUUGACCACUGUCCACCCACGACUACUUACCACUGUACCAUUGUACCACUGUACUACUGUACUGUACCACUAGCCUCUACUAUGGUUAACCAAUUAUUUUUGUAGUUUCUUAGUCAAUUAAUAUUAAAUUGUUGUGAUUGUUUUUAA